GUCGCCCCACCCCCUCCCCACACUCCGGACUGGGAGUGCAGUUGGCGGCGCCAUGGCGCAUGCGCACAGUGUGUGUGGGAGGCAGCCCUGAGCAGCGAGCAGACCGGGCAGCAGCAGCAGCCGGGAGUACAGCGAGCUCCGCUGGACCUGCAGUGAGUACCGGCCCGUAUGGUCAGCAUUCCUUCCCCGGCCAGCCGCACUGUACCAGGGGGGGGUGUAUGGUGUGUGGUACCAGGGAUGCAGCUCCACCCACUCCCGUUAUCCUGCUCCCCUCCGCCCUGCUGCUCUAUAUCCCCUUCAUCACCGAGAGCCAGAGCACGCAGGGUUAAUCACUGAGAGCCAGAGCACGCAGGGUUAAUCACUGAGAGCCAGAGCACGCAGGGUUAAUCAGUGAGAGCCAGAGCACGCAGGGUUAAUCAGUGAGAGCCAGAGCACGCAGGGUUAAUCAGUGAGAGCCAGAGCACGCAGGGUUAAUCAGUGAGAGCCAGAGCACGCAGGGUUAAUCACUGAGAGCCAGAGCACGCAGGGUUAAUCACUGAGAGCCAGAGCACGCAGGGUUAAUCACUGAGAGCCAGAGCACGCAGGGUUAAUCACUGAGAGCCAGAGCACGCAGGGUUAAUCACUGAGAGCCAGAGCACGCAGGGUUAAUCACUGAGAGCCAGAGCACGCAGGGUUAAUCACCGAGAGCCAGAGCACGCAGGGUUAAUCACUGAGAGCCAGAGAAUGCAGGGUUAAUCAGUGAGAGCCAGAGCAUGCAGGGUUAAUCAGUGAGAGCCAGAGCACGCAGGGUUAAUCAGUGAGAGCCAGAGCACGCAGGGUUAAUCAGUGAGAGCCAGAGCACGCAGGGUUAAUCGCUGAGAGCCAGAGCACGCAGGGUUAAUCAGUGAGAGCCAGAGCACGCAGGGUUAAUCGCUGAGAGCCAGAGCACGCAGGGUUAAUCAGUGAGAGCCAGAGCACGCAGGGUUAAUCAGUGAGAGCCAGAGCACGCAGGGUUAAUCAGUGAGAAGUCGCUGAGAGCCAGAGGGUUAAUCAGUGAGAGCCAGCACCAGGGUUAAUCACUGAGAGCCAGAGCACGCAGGGUUAAUCACUGAGAGCCAGAGCACGAGGUUAAUCGCACUGAGAGCCAGAGCACGCAGGGUUAAUCAGUGAGAGCCAGAGCACGCAGGGGUUAAUCACUAGAGCGAGACGAGGGUUAAUCACCAUUGAGCACGCAGGGUUAAUCACUGAGAGCCAGAGCACGCAGGGUUAAUCGCGAGCACGCAGGGUUAAUCACCGGAGAGCCAGAGCACGCAGGGUUAAUCACCGAGAGCCAGAGCACGAGGGUCAAUCACCGAGAGCCAGAGCACCCAGGGUUAAUCACCGAGAGCCAGAGCAACGCAGGGUUAAUCAACGGUGAGCCAGAGCACCCAGGGUUAAUCACCGAGCCAGAGCACGCGAGGGUUAAUCAACGGCGAGCCAGAGCACGCAGGGUUAAUCGCUGAGAGCCAGAGCACGCAGGGUUAAUCACCGAGAGCCAGAGCACGCAGGGUUAAUCACCGAGAGCCAGAGCACGCAGGGUUAAUCACCGAGAGCCAGAGCACGCAGGGUUAAUCGCUGAGAGCCAGAGCACGCUGAGAGCCAGAGCACGCAGGGUUAAUCGCUGAGAGCCAGAGCACGCAGGGUUAAUCGCUGAGAGCCAGAGCACGCAGGGUUAAUCACUAAGAGCCAGAGCACGCAGGGUUAAUCGCUGAGAGCCAGGGCAGGCAGGGUUAAUCGCUGAGAGCCAGGGCACGCAGGGUUAAUCGCUGAGAGCCAGAGCACGCAGGGUUAAUCACUAAGAGCCAGAGCACGCAGGGUUAAUUACUGAGAGCCAGGGCAGGCAGGGUUAAUCACUGAGAGCCAGGGCAGGCAGGGUUAAUCGCUGAGGCCAGAGCACGCAGGGUUAAUCGCUGAGAGCCAGAGCACGCAGGGUUAAUCGCUGAGAGCCAGGGCACGCAGGGUUAAUCGCUGAGAGCCAGAGCACGCAGGUUAAUCGGUGAGAGCCAGGGCACGCGGGGUUAAUCGGUGAGAGCCAGGGCACGCGGGGUUAAUCGGUGAGAGCCAGGGCACGCGGGGUUAAUCGGUGAGAGCCAGGGCACGCGGGGUUAAUCAGUGAGAGCGGUUAGUGAGGGCCAGGGCAUGCAGGGGUUAAAUAGUGAGGGCCAGGGCAUGCAGGGGUUAAAUAGUGAGAGCCAGGGCAUGCAGGGUUAAAUAGUGAGAGCCAGGACCCGUAGGGGUUAAUUACUGGGUACCAGUGGCUGCAGGUUAAUUACUAUGUACUAUUACGUGCAGGGUUAAUUACUGAGUGGCAGCUGAAGGGUUUGCUACUUAAGUGGGGCUGAUAUUGGCAUGAAUGGCUCCUUCCGCAGAUAUCCUUUAGGUUCUAUGGUGCCAGUAAUAUAAAUUACUCUACCAGUGCUUGUAGGGUUAAUUGCUAUGCAUGUAUGCUUUAAAGCUUUACUUAUUCUUAUGGGUUAAUAUCUAUCCAAUUGUUAGUGCCUAUAGGAAAAAUAUCUGUGUAUCAAAACUUAGAAUUUCUAGUACUAAAUGGUCAAUUUCUAUUGUAUUAUUUACUAUGUACAAGCUCUCUAAAUGGUUCCUUAACCUCAAAUUUGUUGUAUAUCAAUGCCUGCAUUUAAAAAAAAAAAAAAAAGCUAAAAACAUUUAAAUACAUAUUGGUUUGUGAGUGUUCAUGUUCUCCCAGCAUUUUGUUGUAUAUAAAUAUUUAAUAAACUGUGAUUGCAGAUAUUACGUUUGCCCAUCCAUGAUGGGUAAAUUUUACUACAGUCUGUUACUGGGUAUCUAUCUCCCUAACAGGUUAACUACUUGGUAUCAAUCCCCUUAAUGGGUUAAUUUUGCUAGUCAUUUACUGGCUUCUAUUGACAGUGGGAUAAUGUUUCUACUGUCAAUGGUUAGCUGUGUAUCAAUGCCAAAUUAUCCAUAAUCCCUCAGGCUUUUUGUGUAAAAUUCAUGCAGGUUUGCUCUUUAUUGAGGUGGUAGUGUAAUGCUGCUCUGAGUGUUUAUUAGAAAGACAUGCUCCUGGGUAACACUGACCUUCCAGGACAUAUUUUGCUUAAGUAAAAUGAGUGAUCUCACCAUGUGCAGCAAUUCCGUGGCAACAUGCAAAAUGUGGAAAUGUGAGUAGAGAUCCUACAAGUUUCCAUGACGAUUGCUCCUCUUUCUGCACUUUAUUCUAGAAUCGAGCUGUAUCCAUGGUCCAUGAUCUGUGUAAUUAUUGUGCAUUCCAGCAGACCUGUUACACAGUGCUGUAUCUCUGUGCUGCAAGCCCUCAUCCAGGCUAUUGUGGUUUUUCUUAUCUCCUUUUCUCACUAACCACAUGCCACCAAUUAAAUCACUGGGAGUUCUAUAUAUCACAACCUCCCCCCAACAACUUCAUGAAUCAUCUGUUUCCAAACAUUAAUUUUCAUAAUGAGCUCAUGUUUAUCUCCCCUUAACCUUUACAGUGCCUCUUCCUUUCUCUGUGGGAUGGAUUACUCCAGGCCGUCUCCUAUGUUAAUAUUUUUAAUGUUUGUGUUAUUUUAUACAACUCCUGAAAAGCUGUUGGCAAACACUUUGCGCAUAAAAGGGUUAACCUGUUUAACUAUUUCCCAUGUAAACAGUUUAUAAAUGUGCUGACAGUCUAUCAUAUUGUUGUUCUGUCAUCAUGGCUGGCUUUUUUUUUUUACCCUUCCAUGACAAGUGGUUGGCCAAAACUCAGUACAGUAUAUCAUGAUGGACUUGAUCACAAAAGUGUUAGUCCUUGGAUCUGGGCUGUUUACAUGCCUGUUAUAAUACUUUACAACGUAUUUUCGCUGUCAUAUAUCUCUAUUUGUAUGGUAUUUGACAGCUUCAUUGUUUUGAACCAGCUUGGACAAUGAUGGCUUUUAACAUUUGCAACUCAAGCCUUUGUGCAUCACUAACUUUUUUUUUUUUAGGUCUGUUUGACUUUUUCAUGUGUAUAUUCAGAGUAUAGAACUUUAGACUUCCAGUUGCUGGACUAUAUUUUUCAACUAUCAUACAAAUGUGUCACAGACACAACUAAAGGGAACCCUUUCCCCUGGAUUCCACUGAAUUGGCUGUGAUGAUGUAGUUGUUCAGUUUCUCUGAGAAGCUGAACCAGAAAUGAACAGGUAUCUAACCUGGAUCCCAUUUAGAGAGCACCAAGAAAAGCCUCAGAUCAAGAUAUUAUUCCAUAGUGCUACAGGUAAGAUGAGGCUGGAGCAGAAUGUAAGAGCCAAAAUUCUGACAGGUCUUUUGUCAAAGUGCUCAUCAGCAUAUUUUGGACAUCACACCACAGCCCCCUUGUUUUCUUCAGUGUCCUGCUAAAAAAUAAAGCUAACCUAUUAAAUUUGUUAUAUUGAGGCAUUUUUCUGGCGCUUCCAAUAUUGGAUCUGGUUAUAUUUGUUAUCAAGCUAGCCUUUUUAUUGUGAAACCCGUGUGUGGUGUUGUUUUUACUGUGCUUCUUGUUAAGGCAAAGCUAAAAUACUUCUACUUUCUUGAAAUCUGUGCUUUUAUUAUGCCCAGGCCCACCACAACAUUCUUGAUUUUAUUUCUACAUCUAUACCAUGGUUAGAUAUUUGACGGUUAGAUAUUUGACCGUUAACUAUAAGCUGGAGACCUGUAGUGAGCAAACAGGCAUUCAGAAUCUGCAGUUCAAUUUAAAGGGACACUGUAGUCACCAGAACCACUACGGGUUAAUGUAAUCCUCAGUUCUAUAGCCUGUCUCUGCAGGCUUUUCAAUAUAAAUGCUUCCUUUUCAGAGAAAAGGCAAUGUUUACAUUGGUGCCUAGUAAUGCCUCCCAGUGACAGCUACUCAGAUGCCACUAGAGGUGCUUCCUUGUCCAACGCUGCAGCACUGGCAUUCAGCUUAACAUUCCCCAUAAAGAUGCAUUGACUCAAUGCAUUUCCAAGAGGAAAUGCCGGUUGGUCAGCACUGCAUUUUGCAAUGCAUGCACAGUAGCCUCAAAGCAUUGGAUUGGCUAAUAUUAUCAAGAUUGAUCUCAGCCAUAGAGGCGGGACCAACCGCAGCAAGACUGUCAUGGCGUGGAUGAAAAGAUGAGUAAAAGCACUUAUUUUCUGAUAUCUGAGGGGGCCGGUCACCUUAACAGCCCAUUCAGGGCAGUAGUAUCAGGAAUACUUGUUUUUAUCCCUGACACUAAAGUGUUCCUUUAAUACCUCCUGUAGGAUUGCUAAAGUCCAACUACUGGUCCGGUUUCUGGUUGGGAUAUUACCUAUUGUUUACUUUUCUUCCCUCUUUGACACUGGACCACGUUGUUUCUGUAUCGUACCAUGCGUAACUUUAUACUCUGUGCCAUUGUUCUUUCUUAGUUCUCAUCUUACCCCCUACUGGGCUUUUUUUUUUUUUUCCAGACACUUCCUCCUGCUUGCUACCUCCUUCUGUUUGUGUAUCAUAAAUAUUUAAGUUUAUUAUUUUAACUUUUUUUUUUUGGUAAUUUGAUAACUUUCUUUUGGAUUCCAGUACCUCCUAUUCUAAUGACUAAGAUAAUGACUUCUUCCUCUGAUCUCACCACUCUCAUUAGUAUAUGAGCAAAACCCAUAUGAAGGUUUAUAAAGUGUUGUAAACAGGAAAGUAGAAAUGUGUGUGUGUGUGUGUGUGUGUAUGUAUGUGUGUGUAUAUAUAUAUAUAUAUAUUUUUUUUUUUAUUAUUUUUUUAUUGUGCUUGCCUCAUACUUUUUUUGAUAAUUGUAAAACCAAUAAAAAAAACCUCUCAAGUACAGGGUAUGACAAGUGAGAAUUGUCAGGAAUUUCAAGUAAAUUUAAAAUUUAAUUCCAAAAUGGACAAUUUUAAGCAUAACUGUUUUGGCCUUAAAUUUGAAAUUCACUUAAAAUUCUGUUGGAAUGCCUGACAAUUCUUACUUGGGAUAGAAGUAUCUCUUCACUCCACUGAGCGCUAAUACUCUGUGCUACCAUCGAUGUUUUGCAACAUGUUCAUUUCCAUUGUUAUUUUUAAAUGUUUUUUGUUUUUUGACUCUGCACAUGCAAUUCUUCUCUAAAUAUUGCUGCCGAUUUUUUUACUUGCAUUGACAAAUUUAUAGCACAUGAACAACUGCAACGGUUGUAUCUCCUGUUUUUUCCACUGUGAAAGACUUCCAUUAGUCUCAAAUGUGCUUCUUCUUAAAGGACCACUAUAGUGCCAGGAAAACAUACUUGUUUUCCUGGCUCUAUAGGGUCCUUUGGUCCCCCUCCCGCCGGGCUCUAGGGUGAGGAAGGGGUUAAAUUCCUACCUUUUUUCCAGCACCGGGCUCCCUCGGCACUGUGGAAUCUCCUCCUUCUUCUAGCGUCAUCAGCUGAAUGCGCAUGCGCGGCAAGAGCCGCGUGCGCAUUCGGCCAGUCUUAUAGGAAAGCAUUCUCAAUGCUUUCCUAUGGAUGCUGGCGUCUUCUCACUGUGAAAUUACACAGUGAGAAGCGCGGAUGCGCCUCUAGCGGCUGUCAAUGAGACAGCCACUAGAGAGGCUGGAUUAACCCAUUUGUAAACAUAGCAGUUUCUCUGAUUACCAAAAAAAAAAAGAAGUUCUCUGAAACUGCUAUGUUUACAGCAGGCAGGGUUAAUCCUAGAUGGACCUGGCACCCAGACCACUUCCUUAAGCUGAAGUGGUCUGGGUGCCUAUAGUGGUUCUAAUAUUACAUUGAAUGCUCCCAGCAUGCCAUUCCUAUGAUGUCCCUAUUUCACUGAUUAUGUUAGCUUCCUGCAUCUUUAUUCAAUAUAAAGUCUUUGCCCUCGCCUAUAAAGUACUCCACCCUUCUACCCCAAAUAAGAUAUCCUUUGUCCAUCGUGAACAAUUUUAAUCUAUCAAUCAAACCUGGUAUGGAUUUUUGAUACCCCUCAGUUCACAUCCACCCAUUUAACUAUUGUUUUCAGUAGUUUACCCAUGGCUGCCAUAUUCUUAUUUUCUCACUGGCCUUAUCAGGCAUUGUUUUAGUUUCCAAACUUAAAAAUCCACUAAGCUAGUGGAAUCUGCCAAAGUACUACGGAGUAAUUUCUCUCCCUGACAUGGUCUUCUACUGUCCCACACAAAAUAAAUAUGGAAAGAUAUUCACAGCUUUCCUAAUGAAAUGUAAUGUUUGCUGGUAGUCUGGUGGGGAUUAUUGACUCCCUCAUAUCACAAUUUGACAAGAAAACAGAUUCUCAUCAGUGUAACUUUGCUAUAUUCAACCAUAUAUUAAAGUGGACAUUUAAACUUUGGACACCUGAAGUUACUUAAGCUUGACUAAAGACCCAGGUGUCAAAAUGUUGGCAGCUUCAUUUCUCUUCAUAGAAAACGGUGUAAAAGAACACAGAGAAUGGACAAAAGCUUGCCCUUUGGUUUCUUCCCAUCUAAAUCCCAAACAAGUAUAAUGUCACUGGUUUCAAGUUACACAACCUGUUCUCCCACUGUCUAUCAUAGAACUGCUACUGUGUACGUCAUACUUUAUUUUAUUUUUUUUGGUGCAUGAAUGCAUUUUUUUUUUUUUUUAUACAUUUUCUUUUGCGUAACUUGACUCCACUGCAAACUUAUUUGAACAGAAACCCUAUCACAUCUUGUUGCUGUUUACUUGCAUCCAUUUUUAUGUACGUGUAUGUUUUUACUUACAUACAUAUUUAAGAAGACUGUCCUUCCCUGACCCUCUUAAUGUUAUUCCACAUCUUCCUUGAUUUACAUUAAGUGACACAGAAUUCUGGGAAACAUAGUAAAUCAAGGGACAUUGGUUGAUACCACUGUGUAUAUAUCUUUGGUAUUGCUUAUUAUUUCCAUAGCCCAAGGCUAAUAUAAGAGGAACUUUUUUUUUUGUGAGGAAAAUAUUUGUUUAUCAGAAACUUACUUUUAGUAAUUCUGCAUUUUUCAUCUUGUGCUGUAUAAAAUGACUUUUCAGCAUAUGCUGUGCUUUUCUCAUGGUUUUGAAAGCAGCGAAUUUGGAGAAGUUUUUUAUUUUAUUUUUACUUUGUAUGAGGACUGAGCUAUUUGUCCUUUACAUAUUUACUCUGCAAGCUGGGAUAAUGUCUCUGCCUUGGAGAACAGAUGGUGGGAGGUUGGUCACACUCAAUACCAUUCAUCCUUUUGCAUUUUUGUAUUCUCUAAAGAAUCCUUUGUUUAAAGGUUUAAUUGGGGGAGGGGGGGGCUUAUGGCCCCCUAUUUGUGGAAUAACUGAUGUAUGCCUGUGCACUGUGCACCCAUUUUUAAUGAAGUGGCCCUAUCCCUGCUUUUGAGGAUACAGUGUGCACAGGUCCCUUGAAAUACUGAUUUUUGAGACUUUUAUUGCGUGAUUUCAAGCUUAUGUGUAUCUUUGUUUAAGUGAAUGUGGCUUGUUCUUCUUGUGUAAAACCUAAUGUAUGCAAUAAUAUCUGUAAUUGUUUUUAACUAUAAUUAUGUAAUAAAAUUGCUAGGUUCAUGUUCAAUGAGAAAUGUGUAAAUAUUGAAGUUCUUUCAUGUUCACAAUUUAACUAUGCAUGUCCACACAAGAAAACCCCUUUUGCUUGCUUUAUUUAGUUCUUUAUUGAAAAUUCUUAUCUUUAGCAAACAAAGAUUGAAAAGCAGGAAAACAUAUAGGAACUGACUACUACAUGGGUUAAGUAGAACUAAUAUUUUUUGAGUGUGUAAACAGGGCUGCAAGCUUGUUUGAGCAGGGUUCUCCUCAACCUGUAAUGGUCUUAUUUUAUUGUUAAAUUUCCCUAUUUUUAUUACAUUGUGAAGCUCUGCGAAAUAACUUUAUAAAUGGUGAUGAUAUUGAUGAUGAUAAUGGGUUGAGUUGUUAAAUUUGGAAUUAAGAAAGAAAUAGUUUAAUAUUUCCAAAAAAGAGAGCAAAUUAAGCCUGAUUUAGGGUAAAUAUUAUUUUGCUUGCAACUUGGCUUCUUAGUAACGGUUUGUAAAAUUUAGAUUUUGAGAGCAGUUUCUAUUGGAGUAAUCGGUUUCUGGCUAGGUCAGCAAGUGGAUCCAAUUUGAAUGUGUAAUAUUUUCCCCAGAACUCAUUGAAGUCUUCUUUCUUUGGAGACUCUGAUUGCUAUCACUGAUAUAUUCUAGCAUGUGUGUGGGAAUACACCAUUUGCUUCUUUGAAAGUUCUUGUAUGAUGUCCGAUGAGAUUUUGGAGCAAGUGAACAAAUGAUCACUAGACUCAUCUUGCUCAAAAAACUACCAUAGCCAUUUAAUGGGAUAAAUGCCUGUUACAGCAGCUGUAAAUGUUUGACAGCUGCCGUAAAAUGGAAGGUUUAGCAAUUGAUAUACUUAUUAAGCAUCCAGAACCCAUGAAAAUUAUAAACCUAUUUUGUCUUUGGCUUAUAUUUUUAAACAAAAUUUACAUUAAAUGCUUUUUAAUAUAAUUUUAUUUUAAUAUUGUAAUGUGACUUAUCUUUAAAGCAGAUGUUUAACAAAUCAUACUGGCAAUUCAAUUUGUUGUUUUGUGUGUUUUCCUUCUCUUUUUUCCCCCCCUCCUCCUUUUUCUCUAUUUUCCUCAAAUUGUCCCUAAACAAUUUAAAAUAGAACCCAUUGAUUGUAGGCUCUCUAGAGCUAUGUAAUGGUCAUGUUGCUUUGAGUGCCUUUUUUAAUUCUGAUCUAAAAACACCGGGAAUCCUCGUCUAAAUGUAUUGAGUCAAUUGUCCUGCUUUGAAGAAAACUUUUUGUUUAGUCUAGUGGACUUUGAAUUCUGUAUAGCUACCGUGUUUCCCCGAAAAUACACCCUACCCCGAAAAUAAGCCCUAGCUGAAUUUUCAGGGUGGGCUGCAAUAUAAGCCCUACCCCGAAAAUAAGACCUAGGCAUUGUACCUUUCGGCCCGGCGGGACUUCCUUCUUCUAUGAGGAGGAGGAGGAGCGUUGCAGGCUGCGGCAUCGCGCAACGUGAUGACGACGUGCGCAGCGUCGUCAGUCUGCCUUCACGGAUCUUCAGCGGAAGGAUCCAUUUCCGGGCGGUGAGGCACCCAGUGGUCGGACUCGGCGGGCAAGGAAGGCAUCUUUGAAAUGUGAGUAGAUAUUUUAUGUCUGGGACUGAAUUAAUUAAAGGAGGCGGUGAAUUAAUUAAAGGGGGGGCUGGAUUAAUUAGAGGGGGGUGGAUUUAUUAAAGGGGGGUUGGAUUAAUUAAACGGGGGGUGGAUUUAUUAGAGGGGGUGGAUUUAUUAAAGGAGGGGUGGAUUUAUUAGAGUGGGUGGAUUAAUUAGAGGGGGGUGGAUUAAUUAGAGGGGGGUGGAUUAAUUAAAGGAGGGGUGGAUUAAUUAAAGGAGGGGUGGAUUAAUUAAAGGAGGGGUGGAUUAAUUAAAGGAGGGUGGAUUAAUUAGAGGGGGCUGGAUUUAUUGGGGGGGUGGAUUUAUUGGGGGGGUGGAUUAAUUAAAGGAGGGUGGAUUAAUUAAAGAGGGGUGGAUUAAUUAGAGGGGGUGGAUUUAUUAAAGGGGGGUGGAUUAAUUAAAGGGGGGGUUCAAUGUACAUACCGGUACCAUAAAUAAAUAAGCCCUACCCUGAAAAUAAGCCCUAGUGUGUUUUUUGGCACUAAAAUUAAUAUAAGACCCGGUCUUAUUUUCGGAGAAACACGGUAUGUUCUUUUUUUAAUAGAGCUCUAUCUUUUCUCUCUGCUUCUAACGACUGCAGUACCAUGACAUUCACAAAUAUGUUAAAGGAAGUUAAGGCAGAUUUAAACUGCUCAAUUUGACAUCACAAAACAAAAAGUACCAAAGGCUAUGGUACUUUCAGUGAAACUUGGAGGCACAAUUUUACAUAUCCAUUUGUUAUUGGUGUGUUUUUUGUUAACGAGGGAAUGUAAUGUCACACACAGUACCUCCCUCCUCCCCCCAUUAUGCUUAAACUGUGUUUAAGAUUUAAAUCAAAGGAUAAGUGUGAUACACGUUACAAGAACAAGAAAAUAUGUAAUAUAAAAGAAGGGGAUUUUAAGUGUGUCUCGUUUUUUUUUUAAGUGUGUCUCUGUCCCAUUUGUGUUGUUACCAUAUGGCACCAGAUGUAAAGUAACUACAGCAAUUAAAUCCCAUAAGGCUCAGUGAUGGCUUGUGCCAUCUAAACAAUUCCUUAAAUACCUUAUUUUGGGGUUGACACAUUUUUCACUCACUGCAACACUUAUGAAACACCACUUCAGACAUCCAAAGGUGUUGAGUUUAUUCCUUAACAGGUGACUCCUGUGAUUAUUUCACUGGAUCUUUUAUAGAUGGUUUUUAUUGAAUUACAAUUUACCAAUGAAAUCACUGCAAGCAGUGAGAUGUAUGUCAGGUAAGGCACCAUUUUUUAUUUUUUUAUACCCAUUCAAACAUCAGGUUCUCUUCAUGUUCAACCCUAUGUUAAAUCCUUCUGAGGUCAAUAAUAUUGGACAUUUGAGUUGGGCAAUAUAAUUUAAAUCUUGGGAAUUGCUUGGAACUCAGAGAGAAAAUUAAAUGUUUAAAGCGACACUAUAGUCACCAGAACAACUACAGCGUAUUGAAUUUGUUCUGGUGAGUAGAAUAAUUACCUUCAGGCUUUUUGCUGCAAACACUUUCUUUUCAGAGAAAAUGUAGUGUUUACAUUACAGCCUAGUGAUAACUUCACUGGCCACUCCUUAGAACACUAGAAGAACACUAUGGGGUGGGGGUGGGUGGUGUGAAGAACACUAUGGGGGUGGGGUGGAAGUAGGUGGUGAAGAACACUAUGGGAUGGGGGUGGAAAAACACACUAUGGGAUGGAGGGUGGUGAAGAACACUAUGGAUGGGGUGGUGGGUGAAGAACACUAUGGGAUGGAAGGGAUGGUGGUGGUGUGAAGAACACUAUGGGAUGGUGGUAGUGGUGAAGAACACUAUGGAUGGUGGUGUGGAACACUAUGGGAUGGGGUGGUGGUGGUGUGAAGAACACUCAUGGGAUGGGGUGGUGGUGGUGUGAAGAACACUAUGGGAUGGGUGGUGGUGGUGGUGAAGAACACUAUGGGAUGGGGGGUGGUGGUGGUGUGAAGAACACUAUGGGAUGGGGGUGGUGGUGGUGUGAAGAACACUAUAUGGGGGGUGGUGGUGGGUGUGGAUAUGGGAUGGGGGUGGUGGUGGUGUGAAGAACACUAUGGGAUGGGGGUGGUGGUGGUGGUGGUGUGAAGAACACUGGGAUGGGGGUGGUGGUGGUGGUGGUGAAGAACACUAUGGGAUGGUGUGGUGGUAAAGAACACUGGGAUGGAACACUAUGGGAUGGGGGUGGUGGUGUGAAGAACACUAUGGGAUGGGGUGGUGGUGGUGUGGGGGAUGGGAUGGUGGGGUGGUGGUGGUGUGAAGAACACUAUGGGAUGGGGGUGGUGGUGGUGUGAAGAACACUAUGGGAUGGGGGUGGUGGUGUGAAGAGGUGGUGGUGGUGGUGUGAAGAACACUAUGGGAUGGGGUGGUGGUGGUGUGAAGAACACUAUGGGAUGGGGGUGGUGGUGGUGUGAAGAACACUAUGGGAUGGGGGGUGGUGGUGGUGUGAAGAACACUAUGGGAUGGUGGUGGUGUGUGAAGAACACUAUGGGAUGGGGGUGGUGGUGGUGUGAAGAACACUAUGGGAUGGGGGGUGGUGGUGGUGAAGAAACACUAUGGGAUGGGGUGGUGGUGGUGUGAAGAACUACUGGAUGGGGGGGGUGGUGGUGGUGUGAAGAACACUAUGGGAUGGGGGGGGUGGUGGUGGUGUGAAGAACACUAUGGGAUGGGGGGGGUGGUGGUGGUGUGAAGAACACUAUGGGGUGGGGGGUGUGAAGAACACUAUGGGGAGGGGGCACUAAGAUAGAUAAGGGGUGGGGAGGAGGAGAAUUCCUACCGCAUAUAUUUUCACACACACACUCUAUCCACUACACACAUUGCAUUCACUACAAACACACACACAACACUGCAUUUACUAACCAAAAGCUGUCACUGCAUAAUAUUCUUGAAAACAUAAAAAUCUGACUGGCAUGUAUAUUUUGUGCAUUUACCACUUAACCCCUUAAGGAUACAUGACCUGUGUGACAUGUCAUGAUUCCCUUUUAUUCCAGAAGUUUGGUCCUUAAGGGGUUAAAAAAAAAAAUUGCAAAAAAAAAAUACGGUAAAUGUACAGAAUGUCGGUAAGCUAUUGGCCUGAAAGUUCACAGAUUAUCGGUAUCGGCUCUAAAAAAAAUCAAUAUCGGUCGAUCCCUAUCUUUAACACCACAGAUUUAAAGGGACACUGUAGGUACUAUAAUUAAAUGAGCUUACAUUAUUAGUUAUAGUGUCUGGAGUCCCCUGGCAGUGUCUCUCCAUUCAGUGUUAAACCGUUUCAGACAGUUUAACACAAAGUUAGGGUCUCUGGCUUCCCAUAGCCCUGCCUCUACUGGAGGUGUGGCUAAGGCAGAGAUAACGCACUUCCUUGUAGCCAUACCGAUACAUACCUGCAAUGGCACUGUGAUAGGCUGAAUGCAGUCAGCUGAUACUCUGACCAUAACAACCACCCAUUGCAACAGGUUAACACUUACUCAUUAGUCCAAGCAGAGGAGAUGGGCUGCAAGUGACUUAAACAUAACACACAUUUCAAUUCUGAAUGGGAGGACCGCAUCAGGGGACUCCAUUGCUAUAACCACUUCAAGCAGAUGAAGCAGUUACGGUGCCUACAGUGUCUGUCUUUUAUUGGAAGUUUUUUCUGCAGUUUUGUGCAUUAGGUAAACCAAGACAGAUCAUGUGGCAGAUCUCUUUACUCUUCUUUGUUAGCACAGAUAGCUGUGCCUGGCGGCAGGAGAAUAUUUAAACAGAAAAGUGCGUAAGAGGAGACUAUUUAACGUCCAAGAGAGACAGUUUGUGUCAGUGGGGCACCCAGAUUCCCUAGAUUUGUUAAGCCAUUUAUAUAAUAGCUCCAAGUCCCCAGUCAUUUCUGCAAUAGAUUAACAUGUACACUAUGUCUAUAUCUGAACUUUGAUGCCAUGAAUACCAACCAUUGUACCCCAGACAUUUCUGAACUAUGGGUACAUUAAAGGAGAGUGUUGUUGUGAAAAAUGGUGUAGUGCUCUACAAGCGGUGAUGGUAACUACCUCCCGCAACCCCUCGCCAAGCAAAAACACAGGGUGGCUAGCCAAGGUUUAUGAGACAUCUUGUAAUUUGGCAACUGUUGGGUGUCUGGUAUUGGGCAUCCCCUAAAGCUUUUUCAGUCCAUUAGUGCCUGUCUGUCCUUAAACUACACAACAGCUGAAAAAUGUAAUACCCCAAAAAUCAUAGGAAAAAAAAAAAAAAUCACACAGGCAGAGAAUGUGAUCACAUUACUGUUUUCCUAACUAAUCAUUUUACAUUCAGGUGAAAAUGCCUUGACCCUCAACCUGCCCCCAACCUUUGCUGUAAUGCAAGGAGUUUAAACAUGAAUAAAGUGUAAUUAAUACUCUGUCAUUAAGCUUACACUUUAAAGAUAACUAUUAGAUACUUUAUUAUAAAUAAAGCAAUAAAAUAUAUAUUUUUUUAAUAUUAGAUAUUAAACUUAUGCAUCUCGGUGGCAGCAGAAGAGCCAGACAUUGGGUACCCAGACUUUUCUCUGAAGAAAGGCUUGACACAGAAAAUAAUGGGGUAGACAGCACCCAACACAUCCUGUAACCACUACAAUAAAACAUAGUGGUGCAUAUGGUGCCUUUAAAGUGUAUAGUGUUCCACUGUGUUUAAUUGAGACAAUCACUCGUACCCUCUCCUUUGUUGCCUCUGGUCUCAAUAAACCUCAGGAAAAAUAUAUUUUCAUUAUUGGUUACAAAAGUGUGAAUUGCAAAGAAUUGAAAAUGAAUAACAAGUUAUAGGUGAAAACUGAAGUGGAAAAUUUUGCCACUGCGGUUUUUAGUUCACAAAUUUUGGCCUUAAAAUGUAACUUCAUUGUGAAUUCCUGACAAUUCACACUUCAGAGAAUAACCAUGCACACCUGCACUGUGAAAUAGAAACUAUGUGCCUGCUUUUGAAGUGAAAGGCUUUACCUUCCUGUUAAAACUGUGACCUGCUAAAUGUGGUGACUAAGUGUUAACUGUGGGCGUUCUACGUUCAACUGUUGAAUUUCUGCCCUGUGUAUAUGUGACUUUUAAGGACACUAUUAAACAUCUGCUGUUAUAGUAAAUGUUUAUAGCUUGCUGUUUAGACUUGACUUUCCAUUGUUUGAGGUUUUAGAAUACAGGGCUUCCCGAUAAUCUUCUCCACCCCAAUAAAAGUUAGGGUUCUGCGUAGAUGUAACAUGCACAUUUUAAUAUACUUUUUAUAUUACACUUCGUCUGUCCUGGGUUUGCCCCAGUGCAGUAUACUUCUGAACAUCAAAUUGAGCAAAUUAGUUCUCAUUCAAAAAAUGGGUAAUUGCAAUGAGUUGAAAAAUGUAAGCUCAAGUGAGCUAAUUGAUGAUGCUAAUUAAAGAUGCACUGUAAUUGGAAUUAAGUUGUUGUGGUGCCAGGAGGUCCCUGCUGCUGGCUUACAUUUAGGGGGUUAAAAAGUUCUGAGAUUCUUGGCUGUCCGAGGGUUCCUCUUUCAAGAAUCUCAGGAAAGACGAAGGACAGGGGCAAAGCUAAAUGGUGCUCGAUUCAAGACUUUGUAGUCAAACUGUUCAUAAACAGUGCCCUCAAAUGUGGCUUUCAUUUCACCCCAAUUCCCUAUAUUGCGAAUAAACCCAGUGAAGGUGAUGCAUUACAACAGUUAAUUGUAUAUAUUGUGGAAUCUAUAAACAGAUUCUGUUAAAAUUCUCAAAACAUUAUUCAAGUGUAUGGAAUUAUUUUUUUUUUUUUUUUUUUCUAAAUUGGGAGCCAAAUCAACUCGUCCCUCAUGACAAUCUACUUGUUGUGGCACAAAAUAAUUUUAAUUUCAAAUAUUAGGGACCCCUGCCUGCUGAGAGCCCUGUACAUUGAGAAAGUUAUUUGAUUAAACUUGAAAUUUUCAUAAAUUAAAGGGUUACUCCGCCCCUGUUAAAAACAAAUUGAUUUACAUACAGACUCCUGUCACCAUGACCACUUCAAAUCACUGAAGUGGUUGCUGUAACCCUUUUUGUUUUUUUAAGAACUAAAUAUUUAUGGGAAUAACUGUUCCCUUAAAAGUUUAAAAGCGAUUAUUUACCUUGUUUCCUGCUCGAACACCUCUGCUGCUGCUGCCCUUUCCUAGUUUGAAGACGUUGGCAUGCCUGCUGAUAUUUUCCAUGAUCUGCUCCAAUCUAAUACUUCAUUGUGAUGGAUUGGAAUUAGGCAUACUGCACUUCUCAAAUCAAAUGCUGCUAUACGCAUCAUUUGAUUCCAUGAAUGGGUUUCACUCUGUUCUGGAGGGAGGUGCCUUUAGUGGUGGUACGGAAGACGUCCACUACAGGUGUAUCUAUCACUGAAAUGUUUAGUUAAAAUGACAGUAUCACUGCUCACAGAUCACUUCAGUGAGAUGAAGUGGUCUGGGUGACUUUAGUGUCCCUUUAAAUCUGAAUGGAAAAACAGAGCAAAAUAUAGCUGAUCUGGAUAUAGUUUCUAACUCUGCUAUAAACAAGAAUGAAGACCACUCACAAAAGUAAAGUGGAACUAAAUAACUUUUAGGUUUGAGGGGUGCCCUUGAGGGCACGAUAAUACUAGACGAUACUGAUUUUUCAUCAGACGUAGGGGUGCCCUCGAAGCCACGUAGGAAUACUUCUGCCUCUCUGGACCCUUUUUGAUAAUUUGUAUCUACAGAUACUUUUGUUUCUCCAUAUCAACUUUACUCCCGAACUUGACACAUGCUCGGCAGCUACAUGGUUAACAUACUGACUCUGGAAAUAUAAGGACUUUUUUGACGAUCUAGUAGAUAUGUUAUUUACAAAUUUUUUUUUUAAUUUUUUUUUUUUUACUAAUUAUGGUAUCUUGCUUACUAUUUUAAUAUACAAAUAAACGUAAAGUUUGUUUGUUUGUUUUUUCAUCUAUUUUGUGCUCUACUAAUGUGUUGCUUUUUUUUUUUUUCUUCAUGAGUUAUGUUGGAACUUUAUUUAGUUCUCACUUUACUUUUGUGAGUGGUCUUCAUUCUUGUUUAUUUAAAUUAUAGGGGUUACCCCCAGUCAUUUAGCAACUUGACACUUUCUUCUUUAUAAAAUUGUAUUUUUUACUAACUCUGCUAUAGUCACAACAUGGCUUUUUUUUUUUAAUUUUUUUUUUGUCAUUUGGAUUUAUUGUGAAAAACGUGGGUGUGUGUGUGUGUGUGUGUGUGUGUGCGCACGCGCGUGCACCGGCUGUAUGAGGGAGCAAUUGCUAAAGUCUGCACCCACUAGAAGUGCAGACCUCGCGCUCCUUGCCCUGGCGACAGUCCCAUCCCCCAGAGCAGAGCCAAAAAAAAAAAAAACGCCGUCUGGAGCCUGGAACUGCUUGUCCUGAGCAUCAUGCAACUUUUUUUUUAAAUAACACUGCAACCUUUAAAACAACUCUGAUUUCAAAUUGGGUUAUGCUGCAAAAUGUAAUUAUGAUUUGGAUUUGGCCUUGGAUUUUCUGCACCUGGCUAAACUUGUCAAAGCUGUGUUGUCAGUCUAAAUUCCAGAAAGUUCUCUAUUCACAUGUAUAUUUUUAUUUUAAGCAAAGUGAUGUAGAUUUACUUUGCACGGUGGUAUGGGGGUGGGAGAAUGGCAAUAAGAGCUAUAAUGCAUAUUCUGUAUAUGUAUACCCCCAGCUCCUGUCAGAUUUGGCAGAUAAUGAAGAUCCUCUACUGCGGUCUUAUGACUGGCUGAAGUGGGGAGCUUGGUGAAUGCUGGUUACCCGGACAUUGCACCGGGUGACCUUUGGAAUGUAGGCUGCCUGCAGUUUUCCACCCCAGAUUUUGGCGUAAAACGUAUAUUCUGAAUUUUUUUUUUUUUUCUGGGAAAUGUAUAUAAAGAAGGAUUGUUAUCAUACAGCGUUAUUCAUAAAAGUGUAAAUUUAGUUAAAGGGAUUCUCCAGUACCAGGAAAAUAAACCUGUUACCCUGGCACUAGAAAAUCCUGGAGUGCCCCCCUCCCAUUCGCCCCCCCAUCCCAUGUCGCUGAAGGGGUUAGAACCCCUAUAGCCGCUUACCUGAAUCCAGCACCGAUGUCACUCUGUGCUGGGUCAAGCUCCGCCCAUGCUCCUCCCCCACCUGUCGGCGUGGGGGGACCUAAUGCGCAUGUGCGGUAAUUGCCAUGCGAGCGUUUGACCUCCCGAUAGGAAAGCAUUACUCAAUCCUUUCCUAUUGUGAAAAUCUGACGCUGGAGGUCCGUGAGGAUGUCCAGCGUCCGAUAACAGACCAAAAGUCUGUGACGAAUCUGGAAACACCCCCAGUGGCUGUCUGUUAGAAAACUGCAGUGUUUUACAUUGCAGCAAUAAGUGCAAAAGGGACAAAGCACCCAGACCACUUCAAUUAGCUGAAGUGGGCUGAGUGCCUACAGUGUCCGUUUUUAAUGUGAAUUUCAUGUUAUUGAUUCAGUUCAAACGAAUAAUGCCGCAUUAACACAUUUUCUUGUCUGCAGAUGCACAUUACAAAUUCUGAGAAAUGACCACAUCAGGGGGAUGAGUACCUGAUCAAAGCAUCCUCUGAUGAAGUCUUUAAUCCCAGGAAUUAAAAAAAAAAAAAAGUUAAAGAAUAACCCAUAUCAGUAUAUUUCUAACCAAAUGCAGAAAUUACAUCAGGACAUGAGAAGUGACUGAUAGGUUACACAUACCUGCUUCAGCAUUUAUCAACUAUUGAUUCAAUAUCAUAUUAUUACCCUCUUUCCGUGGUUUCUCUGGCUGUUGUAGAAGCCAGUCUAGCAGAAAUAUUUAGUUUAUAGGCAAUUGCAAUCUUGAACUAUUUUGUUUAUUCUAUGUAACCAUAAAAUUCCUCACACUGUAUGUGUUUUCUUCGAACAAGUGGAUUUGUAAAUAGAUGACAUAAAUACUGUAAAAGAAAUGUAAAAUCUUUUCAUUGGCAUUUAAACAAAGAAAAAAUGAAUUUACUUUGGCAUACACUUUUAUUUGAACGCUAGAUUUUGAAACCUUAGUUUGCCAUUAAACAGAUAUUGGGGGAAAAGUGGCUUUGUAUGGUGAGUUAUUGUGUUAAAGGGACACUCCAGACCCACUGAGUCCAAGCACUUUAGCUUGCUGAAUAGCUUUUUUUUUUUUUUUUUGGAAAUGUUGAGAUUUUAAUAGAAAUUUACACUUUAUUUUAUAUUAUACUGGUUACCCAUCCCAGGCUUUUUCAAGCAGACAUGUCCUGUUACUUCCUGGUUUGGUUAGUAUAUUUGCACUAAACUGAAGAGACCGUAAUUGCCCAGAGCACCCAUAGACAUAGAAUACAUAGACGCUGCAUGUCUAUGGCAUUGCGUGCUGAGCGUCAAGGAAUGCAGGCGCCAUCUUGGACCAGUCGCCGCUCUACUGAAGCUUUCAAAGAUCCAUUGGAAAGUCCAUCUCACAAAAGGUAAGUGAAGGACUUGGGGCAAUUAUAGUCCUUAAUACCCCUACCCCAGCACACUAUGUGUAUUAACACUGUGUGGGUAGGGGUAUUAAGGACUGUGUGCUGGUGUAGGGGUAUGGGAAUUAACACUGUAGGGCUAGGGGUAAUAAGGACUAUAAGUGCCCCAAGUCCUUCACUUACCUUUUGUGAGAUGGACUUUCCAAGGUCUCUUUAAUAGCUUCAGUAGAGCGGCGACCGGUCCAAGAUGGCGCCCGCAUUCCUCGCCGCUCAGCACGCAAUGCGGCGUCUAGGUAUUCUAGGUCUAUGAGAGCGCCUGCCUUGCAAAGACUUCUCAUUGAGCUUAAUUGGACAGCCACAGGAAGACUGGGCUUGGUUAAAGGAGUAUGGAUUGUAAAGAAGCAGACAAGAGAACUGCAGGUUUUGCAAGCUGUUUUUAGAUAUAACUCCAGUGGAAAAAAAUGCAUAAUUAAAGUUUUUUUAAAUUUGUGGUGUAUCUACUAAGCAGUGAAUAUUUUGUAUGUAGGCAGCGGAUUGUCCCUUGUAGAUCUCGUGCUACAGUUUAUAGCGCAAUUUGUUUCUGCUGCAUCAAAUAUAACAUAUUUUCAAAACGUUUAUAUCAGGCAUUUGCCAACCAUUCAUUGAUGUUUUUCUUUUACAUAAUUAAAUUUCCUUUUUUUUUUUAAUUUUACUUAUACAAAUGCUUCUAUUUCAAGCAGUAUGCACAAACAUGUCCCUUAUAACUUGUAUGUAAUGCAUGACUGAUUCUGUCUCUGUACGAGGGGUUAACUUUCCAUGCUGUUUGCAGCAGCAGUGAUGCCGCAUGGCCAAGUGUUCAUCUGAUAAGCGUAAUCCCAGUGCCAUGUGAACCAUUUCAUGACCUUAUAUGGUAACUGCCACAGACAAACCGUUUCUAUUGGAAGUGUUCAUUGUCACCACGGUUACCUUGUGCUUCUCUUCUGAUCAGAAGUUAAUUUUACUGCAUUUGUGGCUGUGUUUCUAUGCUUAGAAGUGUGUGUGUGCGUGAGCAUAUUUAUUUUGUAGCGUAUUAUGUUGUUGUAAAACUGCUAAUAAAUGGCACAUUAAUGUGAACAGAAAUGAGGAACUAUAACUGUAUCUGUCCUAGAAAAAGAAUGGCAUUGUGUUUGGGGGGGGAGGGGGAAAGAAAGAUGCUAAAUACAUAGAUGGAUACAAAGAGUUAGGGUGAGAGGUAUCUGUUAAAUCAGGAAAUAGUUUAGCAACAUACCCCUACAGCUCAUAAUCAGAAUCAUUCUAGUUAACUUUAUAAUGCUUGUUUUAUUGUUUAGUCUGCACAUCGUGUUACUGGUGCCAGAAAAUGUUACUCCAACUAUCCUAGCUACUACAGCCUGUUGUAGCUGACCACUCCCAGCCAAUGAAUGAACGUCCUGUGCAUAGAAGUAAGCACUGAAUUCACUUUAGCUAUCACAGAACCCUUGUUCCAGGCUGGCUAGUGAUCUCCCAAUCGUGCUGAUGGAGGGGGAGUUACACUUUCAGCAGUAAGAAGGUUAAACUCCAUAUGCACAGCGUUUCAUAGUGAAAUGCAGGCACCAUGACCACUCCAAAUCACCUGAAGUUUAGUUCUGAAUAUUUACUGUCCGGAGCCCAAUGUUUAGCAUGAGGCUGUACUUUUGACACAAACUGUCUAGCUCGUUUGAGUAGAACACAUAGCUACAGUACCCGUAAAUGAUACCUUCUAUCAAUUAGUAAAGAGUUGAAAACCAAAAUCACAAAAUUACAUGUGCAUUUGAUCUGUUUGUUUGCUCCUAAGUUUUCACGAAAAAUGUUUGGUGAUUGUCCUCAACUACCUCAAUUGAGAAAUUGACUCAUUGUGACACAGAAUGCCCCUGACCUAUUUAAAAUGUUAUAUUUCUCUUUUCUUUUUAUAUUUUCUCCUUCCAGGUUUGUAGAACUCAUGGUAGAAGAGGAAACACUUUAAAGAAUUUAUCCAGGCAGUUGGAGCAGAAAGGUAAAUCCUAGAAUUCUAUUUUAUUUCUUAUUAAUUUUUUUAUUUUUAUUAUUUUUUUACACAAAUAGAUGCUCAAGACACUGCCAAAACUUACUGGGUAAAGUGUUUAAAUGUGAAUGUGUCCUGUGUGUUGUACCCUGAUUGUGUACUGCAUAUUUUCAGAGAGAGUUUUUUUUAAUUUUUUAUGAGGAAAUAUCUAAGAAACACCCUUCCCUAAGCCCAGAUAGAUGCAGAGACAUGGGGAAAGAAAAUAAAACAAAAUUCAACUGUUCUGUAUGCUUCAGCUUCUUACAAAAACUAGGGAUGCAGCGAAAUUUUGGCUGCAGAAAUUUCCUGGUGAAAAUGGGCCAAUCCUGGACAAAAACGGGUCAAAUUUGCUUUAAAAAAUAAAAUAAAAUGAUUAUAUAUUGGGGGGGAGAAAAGAACACUAUGGGACAGGGGAGUGGGGGGAAAGAACACUAAAAAAGAGGGAGGGGGUUGAACAUUGAGCAAGGGGACCACUAAAAGAGAAGGGAAGUUUUUCAUAUUAAAUUAAUUAAAUUCAUUAAAAAGUCUUAAUUUUUAGGAAUUUUUUUUUUUUUUUUAAAUCAUUUGGGGGGAAAGUCAUUUUCAGUUUUUGGCCAAGGGCAUCCUGAAAUUUCGGUCUCUGCCCAGAAUUUUUAUUUCGGUGCAUCCCUAACAAAACCUUAGUGUUAAUGCUGAUUAUAAGCCUGCAAAACUUGUUUUAGUAUACCUGGCAAACUUGGUUAUGAAAGUAUUUCAUUUGUAUAGGAAUGCUGAGUCAGUCUGUAAUAUAAUCACCAGGGUUUCUAGGACCCAACCACACAGGGUUAACUUUUAAAAAUCCUGCUUUUAUAUCAUUCUUAAAAAGAAUGUAAGAUUUCCUACGUCCAACAAGAAAACUGUUUAGAAACCUGUAAAUAAUAAACUUCCCAUGUGUUCAUUGUUAUGUCCACUAUUAAAUAGAUAAUGAAAUGCAUGCCCCAUUAUGAUGUCUCGUAUGUGACAGUCUGUUAAUCUUUUGCAAGCAUACUUUUUUUUUAUUAUUAUUAUUAUUAUUAUAAUAAAGUGGAACAUUAUAUCCUGAACAAUGCCUAUGUAAUAUUACCACACAUUAAAUAAUAUAUUGCGCAACGCUUUUCCUUUUUCUUAAAUGAGAUUGGAUUAUUUUUUUCUCCUUUGAAUGCGAUACUAGAUAUUAUUUGAUGCAGAAAUAUAGAAUUACAAAGAACCAUUGUACUUGCUGCUAAGUGACUUAUUUGUCAAUUUAGGUUUCGUCUUUCCUUAAAAAAAAAAAUUUUUUUAAAAUCCCAAGGACCCCUGGAUGGAUUUUUAUCUGCCUAUUUACGUCUACCUAUAAACUGGAACGGUCUUUAGAAUGCUCUAUGAUUUCUCUAUCCGUUUAAAUCUGAUUAAAGCAAUAUAUUUGGUAAAUGUAAUAUUUGAAUCACUCAUAUGUAACUUUCACCUGUUUUUCUUUCUAUGCGGCACCUCUGCACUAUAUUUAUAUAAAAUGAUACCUCUAUUUCAAGAAUAUUGUCAUUAUCACAUUAAUUAUUUUAAAGUCCUUAACCUUAUGUUGGAAUAAGGUACUUCUGUAGAGAAGAUGUUCCAAGUCCACUACAUUUGUCCUCCGUUACAUUACCAAGGUAGUUCAUAUAUUUAUUUUUUUGUCACUUUUAAAAAUCUGGAUCUAGUUAGAACAUUAAAGGGUUUUGAUAAAUGCAUCAAUGGUGUGUAUAGAAUACAGACUAUUGUAAUCCAGAAAAAAAAGUUCCACUUUUUUUUUUUUUUUUCUUCCCUCUUCCAUUUAGACGCCACUGUAGUUGACGAUUUCAUUCAGCUGUAAUUUGCCUCUUUGCUAUUCAUAUAUUUAGAAUUUGUUCCAGGAAACUCAGCAGUCACCGUUUCUCAACAAAUUCCUUCUACAAAGCCACCAGGACCACAACUGCAGCUGUAUAUUAUGGGGACAGAAGUGAAUUAUUAAUAUUCUAAAAAGGAAAGAAAUAGUUGAAAGAAAAAAGAUCAAGCGCAUUUAAUUAUGUCAAUAAAAAUAUUAUCAAAUAACCAAUUAGUUACUACCACACUUGUGUGGACUGUUUCCAAAACACCACACCUUAUAACAAUCGUAGCAUAAGUGAAAGUGUAGAGCUAACAUUUUAAAAAAUAUGUACUCACUCAAUCUGUAGAUCAGAAUUAUUUAAUCUGUUACACCAUGGUAUCAAACAAUAUUAAUUCAUACUCUAUGUAUGUGGGUCUCAACAGUUGUGUAACUUGGUAGCCCACUCACAUUUUAUAGACUUUGAAACUGGCUCUGAUUUUGAAAUUCUGGUGCCGAUUUGCUACCUAUUCAUUGUGCCAGUUCUUUAUGAUGAAUGAUCUAGAAUAUAUAAAACAAUACUUGGCAGUAUCUGCAAAAUAUUAUUGAAAAAAUAUAGGUAUACAGGUAUUCCUAAUGGUAAUUGGUUAUUAAACCUUAAUUAUGUUUUGGCUGUUAAUGUGACUUUUAGACUUGGUUCUAGUUUCAAACAUAUAUGGUGUCCAUUUGGGGUGGCACCUUUCCCCCUUUUUUCAAAAACCAUAUGAGAAAUAGGAAAUUCAGUGUAAUUAUGUAAAGUACCUGUAGCGGUGCUCCCUGUACCCCGGCUCUGGAACCUCUGCCAAGGAUCGCUUCCUAUCUGGAGCCGGGGAAAACCUCAGCGCUUCUGCCCAGUGUCUGUGGCUUGACUGGGGUCCUCCUGGAGCCUCUCCAUCCUGGAACAGGGUACUAGCUCGAUUUCCUCUCAGGGACUGGACAACACUCAGUCUUGGGAGCUAUAGUCUUUACAGGGACUUUCUCUGCUGAAUCCUCCACGAGCAGGAACAAGAUGCUGAGCAGUGAAUAAGCACUUUCCUCUGGGAGUACAACUGAUUUUAGUGAGCAAAACUUUGCCUUUUAUGGACAGACCCCAGCAGGGGCCUCUAAACAAUACAAUACAAUACAAGCCCCUUCCAGGUGUCUCUGUGCCUGGGAGAUAAUAGUUAAAGACUGGUAAGUUAAUUAUCUCACAGGAACAGAGAGCCCUACACAAAAACAUAAAAGUACCCUGUAACGGAUCACCCGGCACUCGGACUGAGUACCUCCGUUGACUGAUGCUCCUAGUGCUUCCCGAGGGCUCCAAGCACUCCACUUGACACCAUAAGUACUGCAGACCUCCUGAACCGCCGCAGCUUGGUUGGGGUCUCACCGUCUCCUACCCACUCUGGACCUACGACAAGCCUCCAGGUUCCAGUGGGUGAACCUCUUUCCCCAGAGAGUGAAGCAGGGACAAGCUCUUAGAAGAGCUUGGUGAUUAUUCAAGGGAGUAUGAAGAGCAUAGCAAUCCCUUGUAGCAGAUUCCCCCAAUAAGAGACAGGACUCUAAAUUGAGGGUGAAGUAGAACUGGUUUAAUGAGCACAAAGGCAUUUCUUAUAUACAGUUUUCCCCACAAGGUUACCACCCACGUGGACCUUGUGGAGCACAGGAGACCGUCUCAACAGCCAAUCAGCACAGUAUUGUUAGACACUCCCAGCUAAUGUACAUAAACCCUCCCCUCUGCCUGUGAUACAGGGUGGUCGGCUGUUCGGUUUGUUCUGUAAAAUCCAUUUACCAAACCACAUAGAGAAAAAGGCACGAACAAGCCUUUUUACAGUCUUGUACCACAGUUUUAGCCAUAGUCACAGGGUAGGAGGCUGAUAAUCAGGCCCCUCCAAAAGUCAGUGGCGAAGGGCAGUUCGUCACAUACCCCAAACCAUUAUAAAAACAUAUAAUAACCCCACAUGUCCUACAUCACCAAACAGCCCUGAUCUGAGCGCCCAAGUUGUCCAAAUAGCGAUCGGAUCCAUGCAGUAUAUGGGAAACGCCACCAGGGGACUCUGACUGACUGGCCGCACAUGUGGUUCUAUGACCAAAAUGGUGCCAGAGCAAUGUGUGCUUUUGCCGGUCAACUUUCGGGAGUUUCUGUGGCCAAAAUACGGGGUGGUUCACAUUGCUCUCAGGGAGCGUUUUUUCUUCUUAGUCUCAGGCAUCUUCCCUCUAAAAAGUGCUCUCCUGGUGGGUCUCUAAGCAGUUCAAAGUACUGGACCAAAUUCCCCGGAAACCUUAAAGGACCUCUAUAGGCACCCAGAACACUUCAGCUUAAUGAAGUGGUCUGGAUGCCAGAUCCAUCUAGGAUUAACCCUGCAGCUGUAAACAUAGCAGUUUUUUUUAGAGAAACUGUUUACAUGUGGGUUAAUCCAGCUGAUUUUCACAGUGAGAAGACGCCAGCGUCCAUAGGAAAGCAUUGAGAAGGCUUUCCUGUGGACUGGCUGAAUGCGCGCGUGGUGCUUGCGCAUUCAGCCGGUGACGUCAGAAGAGGGAGGAGAGUCCCCAGCGCCAAGGGAGCCCGGCGCUGGAGAAAGGUGAGUGUUUAACCCCCUUCCGCCCCCUUCAGCCCGGUGGGAGUGGGACCCUGAGGGUGGGGGCACCCUCAGGGCACUAUAGUGCCAGGAAAACGAGUUUGUUUUCCUGGCACUAUAGUGCACCUUUAAGGUCACAUAGCCGAAAACAGUUCCAUAAAAACCACGGCUAAGUACAGCUGAGGACUGUUUGAGGUUAGUGUGCACGCACGAUCCAAGGUGACCUGGAUCUACUAAGUCCUCAUGCCGGAAUUAGUUAAUUAGUUCCAUAGCAGUUGCGGCUAAGUACCGCUGAGGACCGUUGAGGGGAAAGCUGCUAAGGGCGGCUGGGCAGGGUAACUUCUGAACUGGGUCUCCAACCUGGACCAUAGUUGGUGGGCAGGAGGCCAGCUAUCACACUCCUGCUCGAGUUUGUGGCAAACGUCCAUGGAAAAGAGCAUUUGUCACAGUACUGUCUUUGCAGCAAUUGGAAAAUAUAUUGCACUAAUGUAGUAUUGAGCUCUUAAUUUGACUGUAAGUAGAACAGCUUGGGUGUUUUUGUGUUGCGUUAAAACAAACCCUCAACUGAAGAAUCCUUACUCGUGCUGCUAGAAGUCAAACAUCGGAAUUCAUUUUUAAAAAAAAUGUUUUUAUAUUUUUUAUUUUUAUAUUGUAGACCAGGGUCUGCCCUCCUGUGUCUGAGACUCGUUUUGCAACUGACUGGUGCUUUUUCAAUUUCCUAUUUUGCUCUAAUCUAUUGGGUUUUUAUUAGUAACCAUGUUAGUCUGUAUAACAAAACUUUAAGCUGAAUAUUCUACAGCACAGUGUUGGCCAACAUUUUAUAAUGCAGCUUACGGGGUAUUCUCAGCCAUCAAUGAGCGAUCUAGUUAUGUUUAUCUUUAAUCUACAGAUAGAUUGCAAAGGCUGACAUUCUGGUUUUAAUUUUUUUUCUUGCAAAUAACAGACAUUAAAUGGCUUUGUUAAUUAAUUUUUCUCUUGCUUUGUGCCGUCUUCCUGUCUUAAUGUCAUUCCAUUCCCUCUGUGUCCCCAAACCCACACUAUGAUUUGUCGCUGGUUAGACAACUGCUAUUUGUUAAGCCCCCUACACGUAUUUUAAAUCAUUUUUUCUGUCAGUCGCUCUUAUGUCAAGGCUGCCCUGAGCCUUGUGCUUUCACUUGGUGCACACUGAGUCACUUAGAAGACGAUGUGUGGAAAUAUACAGAAGUUUAUUUUCAAAAUCCUUCUUGCGCUGGAUCUUUGACAUUCUAUCUCACUAAAUGGGUUGGUUACAAGAAAGCCUAAACGUGUUAUUUCAGAUACUCUGAGUAGGGCAUAUUCUGUUUACUUGGAUCACCAUAGCUUCGCAGCAUGAUUUAUUUACAUAUAUACAUUUAUUUACAUAUUCUCUAUAUUUAACAAAUAUGCGUAUGAGAGGUCUGAAAAUUCAAAUUAAACGUAGUCAUUCACGGUUGCUGGUCUACGCUCUCUCCUGCAUCUGGGUGCCCAUAAAGAGGAACUAACAAUGGGAGAUGGAUUUAUCAGAAAAGUGGUGCAAUGUUGUAAUUUGGGACUAAUCACCAGUACAUGCUCAUUGCAUUGAUUUCCAUGGUGACUGCCCUAUGUUCAGAAAAAUGCACUUUUCUCCCCCUCCUUCCCCCCCCCAAAAAAAACCCAACACUGUAUCAGGCAUGAAUUGGUUUGAUAUAAUUUGAUCAAUUAAAACAAAAGUAUCACAUGAGAAAAAAAGAUUAACACAAGUUAAAGGAUAUAAACACACUAGGAGAGCGCAAUUCUUAUAAAAGUAUACAAUAUUUAGAAAUGACAAAUGAAAAUAAAACAGCUGCUAGUUCAGAUGUAAAGAUAAGUGGAAGCGCUCUACUUGGAAAACCCGAAAUUUAUCACUUUCAAAAAUAUGGAAUAUACACACCUCUUACUAUAUGCAAUAUAGUAAUGAUGAAUAAAAUCACUUAUUUCAAAAAGUCAAAAGCACAUAAAACCAUUGGAUCUAUACUUCCAUAUCUCCAUUAAGAUUGUUGCAGAGUCCAAAACAGUCUUUGGGGAGUAGUCCUAUUAGGGUUGAUUCAGUUUUUCUACUGCGUUCAAGCGUCUUUAAAAUACUAUGUAACACUGUAUCUGUUUGUACCUUAAAAGGAUACAAGAAAACACUUCAUAGUGUAAAACUGUAAUUUAAAUAAGUGAUUUUAUUCAUCAUUACUAUAUUGCAUAUAGUGAGAGGUGUGUGUAUUCCAUAUUUUUCAUAGUGAUAACAAAUUUCGGGUUUUCCAAGUAGAGCGCUUCCACUUAUCUUUACAAGUUAAAGGAUCGCUAUAGGGUCAGGAACACAAACUUGUUUUCCUGACCCUAUAGUGUUAACACCACCAUCUAGCCCCUCAUGCCUCCAUAAAUAUAGUAAAAAUCUUACUGCAUGCUGUUAGACUCAGAAAAACAAGCAGUCUGCUGACAUUUGGUAGCCUGAUCCAAUCACAGUGCUUCCCUGUAGGAUUGGCUGAGACUGACAGAGGCAGAUCACUGGCAGAGCAAGCAUGAUUCAAACACAGCCCUGGCCGAUCAGCAUCUCCUCAUAGAGAUGAAUUGAAUCAAUGAAUCUCUAUGAGGAAAGUUCAGUGUCUGCAUGCAGAGGGAGGAGAUACUGAAUCACAGGAUGCUGUGCUCUGCUGACAGCAGAUCUGAGUGGACGGAGGCAUAUUAUGCAUCCAUCAACUCGGAAGUCCCUCUGGUUCACUCUGAGUGACUGCAACUGAAAGUGUUCCUAGUUUUCAAUGUAAACACUGUAUUUUCCUAGAAAAUACAGUGUUUACAUUAGAGGCUGCAAGGAGCUAUAGUUCUCACCUGAACAACCUCAUUAAGCUGAAGUUGUUCAGGUGACUAUAGUGUCCCUUUAAAGGUGUUUUCAAUGUUUCAGUGGUGUAAAUUUCAGAGAAGUGUUAGUUCCUUUAAGUUGUUUCUCACAUGAGAGAGACGCAUUUUUUUCCGUCAGUACAGCAACAUCUCAAGUAGAUUCUGAUGUAAAAUUGUAUCACCGUAUAAAUGAUUUAUCUAAUUAUUGUGUACAGAGACUAGUCAAGAAAUGUAUUUAUUUUUUGCUUUAUUUAAAUUUUUUUUUUUUUUUUUUAAUACAAGAAACACUAUAGGACUGUAUCUGUGCCUAUCAUUAAAGUGGUUAGAGUGUCUGAAGUCCCUUGGAGAUUUUACUCUGGUCACUGUUAAACCAUUUUCAAAUAGCUUAGCACUGUAGGUCCUAGGCCAUCUGCAGCUUGACCAUCCACUAGAAGCAUGGUUAGAGGGAAACUCCAGUGCCAGGAAAACAAUCCAUUUUCCUGGCACUGCAGGUCCUCUCUCCCUCCCACCCCCUGGUUGCUGAAGGGGUGAAAACCCCUUCAGUAACUUACCAGAGGCAGCGUUGAUGUCCCAUGUCGUUGCUUCUUCUGCCGCUCCUCCCAGUGAUUGCGUCGGCUGGUCGGUGAGACUGAUCCCGCCCACCGGCCGGGGAGACUUAAUGCGUAGCAAUGCCGUGCAUGCGCAUUAGAGCUUCCCCAUAGGAAAGCAUUGAAAAUGCUUUUCAAUGCUUUCCUAUGGGGAAAUGAGCGACGCUGGAGGUCCUCACACAGCGUGAGGAUGCUCUAGCACAGGUUUUCUGUGCUGUGGACAAGGAAGUGCCCUCUAGUGGCUGUCUAGAAGACAGCCACUAGAGGAGGAGUUAACCCUGCAAUGUAAUUAUUGCAGUUUAUAAAAACUGCACUAAUUACAUUGCAGGGUUAAGAGUAGUGGGAGAUGGCACCCAGACCACUCCAAUGGGCAGAAGUGGUCUGGGUGCCUGGAGUGUCCCUUUAAGGUAAAAAUGUAUGGGUGCCUGGAGUGUCCCUUUAAGGUAAAAAUGUAUACUCUGCCAUAGCCAUACCAACUCAUACCAGCAAUGAAUGAAUGUGAGGGGUGCCACCACAGGACUCCAGGCAUUAUAACCACUUCAAAGACAUGACAUGCUUAUAAUGCAUAAAGUCCCAUAAAUGAUGUUAAAAUGAAAAUGUUCAUCAGUCAAGUUCAACAUGUGAUUGUUUCUCCCCACAAACAAACCAUUCUUGCUGCUAUGUUUUCAAUGUAAUGGUGGAUUUGUUGUGGCUGUAGCUAGUGGCAUGUUUCCAGCUUUGGAAAAUUACUUUCCUUUUAUUUGUUGCAUAGUAUGGGAGCUGACCAUUCAAAUGGUUAAGAGCUAUGUACAAAGGAAUGUAGAUAUGUGUUUAGUCGAAAUCUUUUCCCAUUUUCUUAAAGCUUUAGUUGGUAAGUGAAAUUUCACAGUUUUGCUUUGGUACUUUACACGAAGGACACGUAAAAAAUAAGCCCAUGUUCAAAAUGAAACCUUAUAGUGUGACAUAUUCUUCCAGUCUGUAUCCCUGAUUCCUCUUCCUUUCCAUUUUAUUUGCUUUUUUUUUUUUCUUUCUAGUCCUUUGUCGUUGGUGAGUCUUUUAUUUUGUACACUCGUUUCUUCACUAAACUGGUUACUCACUUUGCCAGAUUUUUAAAUUUUUGUUCAUAAUGUUUUUGUAUUGUAAACACUAAAUAUUCUGGCACAGUUAGCUAAUGUAUAGAAAAUGCAACUAAAAUUUUUAAAGGAAGCAAUAUGUUUCAAUGUUAAAGUUCCCAAAAGUGCAGCGAUUUUAUGGUUCACGUAGUUUAGCCCACAGGUGCAGUUCCACUCCCAUAGGAUGAAUGGAACUGUUCAAUAAGCUGUGAGCAGCUAUCUGUUUUAUUCAUAGCCAUGUUCAGAUUUGUAAACUGGCUCUAAGGAGUUUUUUGCUGGCUGCCAACCAGAUCUUGUGCAGCUGUGGCUUAGGCUUUCUAGAAAGCUAGAGGUUGGAGGAGGGAGAUUUGCAUGUGGUAUGCGCAGCAUGAAUGGGCUGGCCGCAUGGAUCAUGGCCGCAAAGGUGGGAGUAAAAUUCCUCCUCCAUUACUGAUCCAAGCAACAGUAUUUUGGUCACAUGUGCUAUGAUGCAGAAACAGGGAGACUAUACAUGAUUACAGUAUAAACUUUGCAUUAGUGUCCUCGGUGUUCUAGUGCUUUAUUUUGUACAUUCAGUUAUCACUUUUACGUGACAUCAUAUCCUCUAUUGUCUCUUAGUUUUAAUGAUAAUUAUGAUUUUUGAAGCUGGUCAAGCUUUUUGUUCUUUGAUUAUUCUGCAAGCCGCAAUCUGUUUGCAUCACUGGUGGCUGUCUGAUACAGAUUGCCAGACUAAUCUACACUCAAUGAUUUUUAUUUCAUUUUGUAAUGACGCCAUCAAGGGUGAGCAGGAGAGAGCAAACCCCCUAAUUUAAUGCCCUACAGCUAUCGUAAGUUCAUUGUAUAGUGCGUGCAUAUGUAUAAACAAUAUGGGGAAAAAUGGGAUAUACUAUCCCUUUAGACUCUACAUUAUAAAUACAAUAAUUUUCAUGCUGUUUAAAUCAAAAUUCUACAGUGACCUAUUGUGUAGCAAAGAUGCUUAGUUAAACCAUGCGUGCUCAGUUUCUGUACAGAUUUUUUUUUUUUUUUUUUUGCUUAUUUCGGAAAAGAACCUGAACAAAAAAGGACUAUAACAUUAUUACGAUGUACUCCAAUAAUAGAACAAGGGAUUGUAUCAAAAUCUUGUGUGGAUUGGAAGCCCAACCUGCAGUGUCAUUUUUGUUGAAUGGGUGUUUUUUGGCGUACAGAAGAAGAGAAACAUCUGCAAAACCAGGAAAUCCUAAAGUUAUUUAUCCGUUUUAAAAGUACUAGUUCUCCAGUUAAAUAACACUACUGUGUUUUUGUUUAGGUUUUUUCCUUGUGAUAUUACUCAUUUCUCUGAGAAAAAGGUGGAUUUGAAGUGAAAAGUUUUAUUAAGGAAGAAAUGUUCUAAAACUAGUCCUGAAGUGAUUGCCUAAAGGUACAAGUUUUAGAAUAGUAUACCUAGAGGAACACAUAUAGCAUAACCAGAUCAGUUCAAUACUGCAUAUUCAAAAAAUAUGAAAAUAAUAGUAUCCUCCCUUUUUGUAAUUUUUUUAUUUAUUUAUUUUUUUAUAUAUAAAUCUCUCUAUAUCUAUAUAUAUAUCUCUUGCCAUUACAGUGUGUGGGAUAGCAAUAAAUAUAGAAGCAGUAGAACAUACAAACAAAACACACCACAAUAAGAAAUCUGGUUAAACAUAUAGUUUAAAAUGCAAAAUAAGCAUAAGGAGAAAAGAUUAACAAGAAUACAGAUCGGUAGUUUGAGACCCCAGAAACCCAUCUAUGGUAAAAGGCAGAAUGGGCAGCGUAGAUUAAGCAGGGGUCAACGAGGUAAGGUAUACUUUCCACGACUAUCUAAUCCUGUUGUGGAUGGCAAGGACAUCUAAAAGUCUGCCCGACAACUGUUAUGCACACAUUUUACUUUAAUUAUAAGCAUCACAGUGUGAGGGACCGCAACCCUGCAGCACUUAGCCGUACCAAGUUGCGUGGGACUGUAUAUCUUGUGGAUGGCAUCAAGGGUGACAGGAGUGUCAAUAAAGGGCCGGGAACAAUGGUAAUUCCUGAAAGUUGGCAAAGGAGCUCAGAAACCUCACCGCAAACCGUGUAAUUCUAAUACACUGGCACCACAUUGGAAACCUGAAGCCUUUUCUUCACAACCCCUAUUGCAUUAUGGUGAGCAAACAAGGUAGAUAAAAACAGCACGUGCGCUCAAUACUGGUGCAAACGUAAAAAAGGAAAAGUUUUUACAUUUCCCAAAACCAUUUUAACAAAUAAAACAAAAAAAAACAAACAACAUAUUUCAAAUAUUACACAGCUUGCUGGCUUUCCCCAUUUAGCCAGCAAGCGGUUUUAGAGGAGUAUUGAAUAUAAUUUAUGGUAUCGCUUCCUUUGCCAUCCUGAAUACUAAAGCAUUUUACGUGCAACAGGAUGUCAGCUGCCUUCUCCCAGUGUAGUGUAUACAUGGCCUUCGUUUUGUUAACUUCCCCUCCUCUUCUUCCUAAACAAAUCUGCAGUCUAGUGCAGACUUUCUAUAGACAUUGUAUAAUAUUGUAAUACAGGUUUGUGUGUGUAAGAAGGAUUAACUCUUAAAUUACAUUACACACAUCAUUUGACAAAAUUCCAUGCAUUGCAGGAGUGUUGCUGGUUUCAGAAACCCCAGGAUCACCGUGAAAACUAAACCGGAAACAAGCAAACACUGCACUGCCAGCAGAUCGUACUGGAAUGUCUAAGAUAUAUCAACUGUAUUUAUUUAGAAAUGAAGGUACAUGUUGAGGGUAUUUGUGGUGAUUGUCACUUUCAUACUAAAAUAGUUCUCCAUCUCAAAAAUAUAGAAUCUUUCUGAAGAACUGUGACAAAGGAUGCUAUGUGGUCACUUAGAUAUACAAUACAUUUAUACUGCUAUAGAAUGACUUAUUAAUUGGAUUAUUUGUACCUAGCUUUAAUAUCUCUGUCCCUGAACAGGGAGUAUCACUAGGACUUCAAUAAUAGACAUUUCAUUCCAUGACACCAACAACCUGUGUUCCUUUUUUUUUUUUUUCCCUCUUGUUCUCCAUUGUAUAACUUCCACCUACACAGAGUGCAAAUGGGAUUACUAUUUCAUGUAUAGAAUAAAACACCUGUUAUACCUGAGCCUGCAGAGAUUAAAGGCUGAUUGUAAAAUCGGAUGAUUAAUUAUCGAACAUCAAACAGAACCAUUUUAUAAGCUUCAUGCAGUGGAGAUGUAAAACAAACGAUUUUAAGUCUUUCUUGUACUUGUCCUCCAAAAGGCUGAUACUAGGAAUCCCUGUGCAAAUAAUCUGUGCUUGUAAAGUGUGUUCUAGCCAACAAAUGGCAGAAAUCAAGAUGCGUUCUAAACCAUUAAUUUUGCCACCUGUUAAGGUGUUAGAGGAAAAUAUAACCAUUAAGCAUUAUGUGAUCUGUCAUUGUGACUUUGGAGGUUUUGUAAUUGAGCCUCCUGUUUGUGUCAUAAGGUCAUUCUUCCCCAGGUUAAGGAAAAUUGUCCACCUGGGAACUUGGGAUAGCUUACUGUAACCGCAGGGACAUUAGAACAGUAUCGCACCCUCAGUGUCUUGGUACACUACUGUUCAUUUACUGCCAUCUGGUGCUGCAGUUCCAUAUUCCUUGCCACGUUAUUGUGUUAUCCUUCACCUUCUUUAUACUUGUGGAUUCUGCUGAAUAUGAUAUUGUCCUGAUGAACUAUGGUAGUGUUUGUAAUGCUAUAUAUCCAUGCCAAGCUGUCACCUACAUUUGUUCUCUGCAAAAUGUGUACCUAGUGGUGUUUAUUUUAAAUAAAAAGUGAUUUGUAAACAUGGGCACCUUUUGCACAUUCUGUAGAAUUUGGUAUUAUAAAAAUGUAUGGUCUGGUCACAUUUGACCUUAGAAAAAUUAGUCCCAUAGAUUCAUUGGUAUAUUUUAUACGUCCAUAGUGCAUCCUGCAGAGCAGUCACAUUUCCCCUCUCCAAAUACAUGCCAUAUAUUCUUUUAUAUCUUCUGAUUGAUUCUGCAGUUUUUGUGUACCCUCUCCUCUAGUGUGUCCCAUGCUGGUCCUGGUUUUACACAUUCCCAUUCAGCUCUGUUAAUGCAGGUGCACUUGAUAUCACGCAUUAUAGAUAGAUACACAGGUCCUUUUUACUUGAGCAUGUUUCCUAGUUGCAAAAUGAUUUGUAAUAUUAACUUUUUACUAACUAGUUUGUAACAAUAUUUUCUGCAGUGCUCUGUAGGUUCCUGUUUUUGAUGAUUAGUGAGAUUUAUUGUAACUUUAAGUAGUUACUCCAACCACAAACCAGUGUAUAGGUUAGACUAGACCUCUCUGAGGUGCCCUGCUCUCAACACAGAAAGUUAAAUAUUGUAGUGAUAAACACGAAAUACUCCUUGCUGGACAUGUCUCCCCCUCGCCAUAUUGGAAGUAAUGUCAAGGAGGACACAUUGAGGGGAGGAAAAGGUUGUCAGAUAUGGGGGGAUGCAUGCCACCAUUGACUGCUGUCUUCAAGCUGUGCGUGCAUGUGUCGGACCCCUAUUUUGUGCAGAAUCGAUGUUCGAGUUACAUCUAAUGCAACUCUAAUGACUGUCAGAGAUGGAGUUACACCUCUGGCAGCUACGUGGUUAAUCUCUGUAUUUGCAGCAUUUCCAAGUGAAGCGCUGCACAUAAAGACUCCAGCCAUCAUGGCCACUUUAAAUCACAGAAGUGGUCAUGGUGCUUGGCGUAACGCAUUAAGCACGUAACACCUGAUUAUCCUACUCACAGUGUAAGGAACGAUGAUGAGCCAAUCUGUGCAUAUUUGGAAUCAAGCUUCUGGCAAUUUGUGGCAUUUGACUAUUUAUAACAUAGACUGUUAAACUGGAGAAUGCAAUAUCUCUACCCCAUAGGACAGCCCAUAAGUCACUUGCAUAAGUCAAACAUUUCUACUCUGCAGUAGCUUAUAAUUGUAUAUAUGAAGGAUUCAAUGCGUUUUCUGUAACAAUGUAAUAAAACUAGAAUAUUGCUUCAAAAAAGCCAUUAAUAAGUUAAAUGUGUGUAUUAUUUUUAUAUGUGUUUAUAUUCUACACAAUUCUGCAUCUAUAGGUCAUACUCUCACUAGCGUUUGCAUCAUUUGAGUUCCUUUAAGACUUGGGGAGGGUAAGUGAGAAUUAUACUAUGUUACAGGAGGAUAUCUUUGGUUGUUUACCAAUAGAAAUGUAAAAGGCUGAUGCUGUAAACGGUUUUCUUUACUGUGCACAAAGCUAUCUAGAGGGGAAAAAAGGUACAUUUGUUCUAUUUUGUAAUAACAGAUUGAAACCCAUUGACUUCUCAAAUCUGCUCAUCAGUCUGUUUUUGAAUGUGCAUGUUUUGUUUCCGUAAACUGCGUCCUAGCAGUUACUAAGGUAUGGGUGGCUAAUUUUAUUCUUUAAAAAAAAAAAAAAAAAAAUUUAACUUUAACUGCUAUAUUGCACCACCUAGAGGAUAUUUUUUAAUAUAGCAUUAAUUUAACAAAAUGUGAGCAUGUAUAUCAGGGCAUGCUUUCCUUUCUAUACUGCUCCGUGCAUUAUUAUAUAUUCAACACCGUUUGACUGACGCAGCGCAAUGUCGUAAUCUCAGGGCAGUACCACAUACAUCUAUGAACCUCUCUGAAGUCUGUCGGAAUACACUCCUUAUCUUUCAUUCCAUUUAUAAUUAAGCUCUCUUUUGAUGUAUCAGGAAAAAGUUGAGGCGACUGAAACCGUACAAUUUUGUCUCCCCAGUUACUUUGCCUCCUGGGCAGGAGCUGAAAUACUACUCUCAGCAUUAAGGAAACAUAGGAAAUAUGCCAUAGACUUAAUGCUAAUUCUAAAAGAAAAAAGUAAUGUAAAAGAUGCAAAAUGCUAAAGCAUGCAUUUUAGGGAACAUGUCAUCUUGGGGUUCUAAGGCACAUGUAAACUUGAUUCAUGGCUUAUAGGAUGGGUGUCCAACCUUUUGACUUCCCUGGGCCGCAUAGAGCGCAGAGUAAUUGUCUUGGGCCGCAUAUAAAAGCUAUAAUCUAUUUUAUAUAAUAAAACUUCAAAAGCCAUUUUUCUUAAAUUUGUUUAGUAGAUAAAUCUGUUAUUUGUUUUCCUUAUGUGGGAUUGCCAUAUUUAAGGAUCGCAACUUAGGGAGCAUAUGCACACAUACAAUCAGACCUAUACACACAGUCAGACAUAUGCGCACACAAUCAGACGCACAGUCACAGAUGAACACACACAUAGUCACAGACAUACGCACGGUCACAGCUAUACACAUGCAAUCACAGACCUAUAUACACAGCCUUGUACGUACGUACGUACGUACACACACAAUCAGAUGUGCACUCACACGCAAUCACAGACUUAUGCAUGCAAUCACAGCGGUGAUGAUGUAAUAUCCUGGUCAUUGCAGGGCGCACAGGGAGCUGUCCAGGAGGAGCACAGUGCUCCCUGUCUCCCUCGCCACCUGGCAGCAUGGAUGGCAAUCAGGCAUCACUGUUAGCGAUCCUGGUUUAUAGUCUUUAGUUCACAUCAGUAUUGGCUUAGCUAGAGGAAAUCAGCUGGCUGUAGACCUGGUUCAUCGUUUUUAUCAAACUACAAAAUUGCUAGACACCGUUACCAAAGGCAAUGCAUGACAUGACCACCAUGAUUUUGCUUCUGCACAUGAACCCACAUGGAAUAGGCAAACCUGUGCUGCUUUGUUCAUGUCGAUGCAUACAUUUCUUCAACGCAAAAUAAAAUUCCACCUGCUAUAACACAUGUGCGUACUAGUUUAGUAAUUCUUUUGCAUCUCUUGGCUUCCACAUGCUUUGUGACCAUUUUCCUUUUUUUUAAAGAAUGUUAAAAAUGUUAUUACAUAAACAUCCUGGGAUUUCUUUCAAAUAGUUUUUAUUAAUACAUUUUUUCAAUAACAAUACAGAAGAGAAAAUAAUUAUAACCAACAUCCUGGGAUUCCAGUUUAAUAAAUACUUUUUUGGUGUUUGUCUUUGGAAAUAGGUCGCGCUUGGAAAACAUUUGUAUUUGAAACUACGAUAUUCCCUUUGCCAGUUCUCCUGUCCCCUGCCACAUUGUUAGGCUCACUGUAGGCAUGCUUGCUGGGUAAAUGUCAGGCACACUGAUAAUGUACUGACAGUGGAGCCAGCAUAUUGGCAAGAGCAGUGAAAUCAUCCUGCCUCUGAACGUGUUCCCAGACAGGGCCAAUCACAGCAGACGGGGCAGCAACGGAGGGUGGACAUUACAGCGCUGUAACACCCGCAGACCAGAUGGCGGUGUUGGAGUGAAUAACUCUGAAAGAUUUUAUCGUUAUAAAAUACUUGAAAUGGCUUCUCCAUUUUGGCUUUAUUUUUGUUAAAUCAUAGAACCUGGAGCAUUUGGGGGGUAUGAAGCAGAGCUGGCUGACACUUCUUUCCUGACUUCUAGAAGAAGCAGUAGGAGGCUCUUAAUUAUCUUGAACAUUUUGCUACAUUUAUUAGGGUAAUGUCACCUUUAUAUUAGUGAAUCAAUUUAAUUUUUUAUCAUCUUUUUAUUAGAGAAUGCUCUUGAUAGUGUGUAUGUAUAUAUAAAAUGAGAUGGAUAGAUAGAUACAGAGUGGGACAAGAAUUCAGAGUAGGGUUUGACAGGUAAAAAAUUUAUAGUUAAAAAAUUUUUUAUUGAAGGUACAUAUAACGGAGUCUUGGGAGAUUCCUCACGCCAUAGAAACAUAGAAUGUGACAGCAGAUAAGAACCAUUCGGCCCAUCUAGUCUGCCCAAUUUUCUAAAUACUUUCAUUAGUCCCUGGCCUUAUCUUAUAGUUAGGAUAGCCUUAUGCCUAUCCCACGCAUGCUUAAACUCUUUUACUGUGUUAACCUUUACCACUUCAGCUGGAAGGCUAUUCCAUGCAUCCAUUACCCUCUCAUUAAAGUAAUACUUCCUGAUAUUAUUUUUAAACCUUUGCCCCUCUAAUUUAAGACUAUGUCCUCUUGUUGUGGUAGUUUUUCUUCUUUUAAAUAUAGUCUCCUCCGUUACUGUGUUGAUUCCCUUUAUGUAUUUAAAUGUUUCUAUCAUAUCCCCUCUGUCUCGUCUUUCCUCCAAGCUAUACAUGUUAAGAUCCUUUAACCUUUCCUGGUAAAUUUAAUCCUGCAAUCCAUGACUAACUUCACAAAGGAACAAUGAGUAGAAAUAGUGGAAUUUUAUUUUCAAAAUUGAUCUGAGUGGAUAUUAUCAAGAAAUUCCCAGAUGAAAUUGGCCGCUUCGUUGCUCAACCUUUCAGCUCCCGAUUACUUCCUGUGGGGAUAUCUGAAGGAGUGGGUGUAUGUAAUCAAACCUCGUGAGAAUAUCCAUGCAGAAAUUUGAGCAGUAGUCACAAGCAUGAACUAAUGAUAUGAACAAUGCAAUCGAAUGUGCCCUAUUUUGCAAGGUGGCAAAUGCGUCUCAUUUAAAAGAUGUUAAUAUUUAUAAAGAGCUGACCAAUUCCGUAGUGCUGUACAAUAAGUUGACUAACAGACCUGUAUUUGCAACAAGACGAGCUGGACGUGCAGAAACAGAGGGUGUUGAUGGCCCCGGUCAAAAAAAUAUCCAUUCAUUUACCAUUCAUUGUAUGUAAUAUCAUUGAAAUUGGUUCAUUCAUUUAAAAAAGUUAAUUACUCACCAAACCCCACUCUGAAUUUUGUCCCACCCUUUAGGUAUAUAUAUAUAUAGAUAGAUGGAUAUAUAUAGAUAUAUGUGUGCUAACAUCACUUUGUACCAGAAGGGGGCAGUAGACAAUAAACAAUAGCUUUCACUAUUGCAUUCUACGCACUUUUCAUGUGAACCGUAUUGAAUGAGCAAAUGUCUAUAGGCCAGUCUGUCUCCUUCUCAGGAAAUCCACUGAGUAGCAUUGCUGGGUUGUCAAAACAGCUGCACAAUGUCUGCUUGUGUGUGCAUGUUUUUGCUUUUUCUGGCUUUCCUGGACAAUACUGCUUGCUUGUUACAAUAAAGCUUUAUGACUAGGUUGUCCUUUUUUGUGUAGAAAACGUAGCCCAGCGUUUAUCAUAGCGCAUUUCAUGUACAUUUGAUAUCAAAGUGCUUUUCUAGGUGCCGUUUUUUUUCCAUAUUAAACCAAACCACACAAUCCUUUUAGAUCAUGCAAUGCAUCGGUUGUAUAAAGCAUGUAGCAUAUUAAAGAUGUAAACACUUUUUUAAAUCUUUUUAUAAGCCCUAGCCCCCUCCUACCUAUGGCAUGAGCACCCAAGAAUACUUGGUUCUCAUAUUCUGUAUAGAUUGGAGUCUGCAAAGAUUCUGGUGGGUGCAAUCUUAAGAUUUUAAUUGAUCAAACUGAGGAGGCUCUGUGCUACAGCAAUGUUUAAGAAAUGCUCCUGAAAACUCACAAUCCCUGAUUAGUUUAAUCCCAGGGAUAACCUGGUUUUGACAGACUAAUCUUUAAUUGUGCAAUAGGAAUGGGCCACAUAUUUACAAAUGUAUGUCUCUUGUUCAUACCUCCAAGUAGUUCCAGUCAGUAUGGUCUCUUUUUCUUUGUUGAUCUUUCUAUAGGGACACCAGAGAAACCUUCUCAAUAGGAACAUGGCAUAGUCUGAGAGCUUCUUAAACUACAACUGAAUGGACUACAUGGGACUGGCACAGUGUUCACUACCACCUGUCCCACAUGAAUUCUUCUGUGUCUAAAAAAAGUAAAAUCUGAGCUGGGCACUAGUACUCUGGAUGUGUCUCUUUUAUUGCCAAUUUCUAUCCUGGUUGCUAGAUCAACAGUUUCCCCCUUAUGUUUAUCACGUCUACAUUGUAAUGAGCCGUAUAGGAAAACUGCAGCCCUGAAGGAGGAUCAGUUAACUAAUCAAGGCUUUUAUCCUAAAUUAACUGCUUUAAUAAGUUCUGAUUUCCACCCUGUAGCCUGUGAAUGGUGCAUUAUACAGUGCAGCCCUUUAAAUGGACUGCCCAUCAGAAAGAAGCAAUGGUGCUCCCUUACUUUACAUCCGGCAAGGGAUGAAUGGGACAUUUAGAUCAGCACUUGGUAGUUAUUUAAUUCAUAUAACACUUUAAAUGGUGCAGCUUAGGCUCCCCAGACACUAUAGACUCCAGAACUACAACUUAAUGUAUUUGUACAGAUUUCCCUGCAGGCAUUUUAAUGUUAACACUGCCUAUCCGAGAAAAGGCAAUGUUUAAAUUACUCUCUAGAGACAUAAGUCAUGCGGCCACAAGAGGUGCUUCCUGAGUCCCGUGCAACGCUGAACUUUCCCAAUAGCGAUACUUUGAUUCAAUGCAUCUCUAUCCGGAGAUUCUGAUUGGCCAAGCGCAGCGUUGUUGCCGCACGUACACAUUAACCUCCCAAUGCUUUCCUAUGAGUUCAUCAGUUUUAUGAUCUCGGUCAAGGAGGCGGACCCGCCUGGUGCUGGAACAAAGGUAUGGUUUUGUACUUCUUUACGGAGGGGCCAGGGGCUAACAUGGUUUUUAAUACCGUAAGGUCAGGAAUACCCGUUUGUAUUCCUGACCGUAUAGUGUCCCUUUUUAAAGUAACCAUUUAGGGUUUUUUUAGUUUUUUAUUUGAGUCCAUUUCAUAAAAGCUGUGAAGGGUCAGAUGCAUAUUGACAUGGCUAGAUUUUGUCAGUGUCUUCAGCUUGGUCUACAUCUAAAACAUUCAUCCCUUAUAGCUAGAUUAGUGUCUCAAUAGCUUCUUUAUUGUAAAAGGUAAAGAAUAUUUGAGGGUUACCGGUUGCCCAAUUUAAGUUUACACCACUAAGUCCUGUAACCCAAGGACAGAGUUAGAAAACCCCUUUUUUGGGGAGCCUCACAUUCCCUUCAAUAUCUGUUAGAAAGGCCUAUUGAGUUCAGUUUGCCUGCUUAGCUCUGCAAGCCACAGUCUCCAGUUCCUGUCUGCUGAGAAAUGUGUACACAUUUAUUGCAUUUACUAAACAAAUGUGUGUGGAUUUGAUUCACAUCGCUCCCCUGAUUCAGCUGCUUACUGGAGAUUUAGAGGUAUAAUCUCUAAAUUCCAAGAUAUAGUGAAUCUAAAACUAAAUGGCGCACUGAAACGGUAUACUGAGUGUUCUAGUCUCCAAAUUUUCCUAAAUUUUACAAUCUGAGUUUCAAUUUACAGUUCAUUGUUUAGUGAAUACAACCAUCCAUGGUUAUUGAUUUUUGUUUUUACUUUUUGUGUUGCACUUUGUCAGAUUAUUAAAUGGGCGCUAAGCAGUGAUUUUGUCCUAAUUAGAUUAAGUGAUCUGGGUACCUAUAAUGUUUCUAUCAUAUCCCCCCUGUCUCAUCUUUCAUCCAAGCUAUACAUGUUAAGAUCCUUUAACCUUUCCUGGUAAAUUUUAUCCUGCAAUCCAUGACUAACUUCACAAAGGAACAAUGAGUAGAAAUAGUGGAAUUUUAUUUUCAAAAUUGAUCUGAGUGGAUAUUAUCAAGAAAUUCCCAGAUGAAAUUGGCCGCUUCGUUGCUCAACCUUUCAGCUCCCGAUUACUUCCUGUGGGGAUAUCUGAAGGAGUGGGUGUAUGUAAUCAAACCUCAUGAGAAUAUUCGUGCAGAAAUUUGAGCAGUAGUCACAAGCAUGAACUAAUGAUAUGAACAAUGCAAUCGAAUGUGCCCUAUUUUGCAAGGUGGCAAAUGCGUCUCAUUUAAAAGAUGUUAAUAUUUAUAAAGAGCCGACCAAUUCCGUAGCGCUGUACAAUAAGUUGACUAACAGACCUGUGUAAUAGUGUAACUUGCGCAAUAGCAAUAGACUGAGCAAUGACAUGGUCAUGGAUGUCCUGGAGACCCUUGUUUUGUGUCAAAAAGCUCAAACCAUGUGAUGUAGAACUAAGAGAUGGUUGCAAAUUCAUUCUGACACUGUGACCGCUUUAAUGGAUUGUAUUGAUUAGAGAGCCUCUAGGUAUUACUAAUGAUUGGUCUGAUAUGUUAUCGCAUUGUAUGCUGCAAUCAUACAUACAUACAUACAUACAUACAUACAUACAUGCAAUGUCCAAUUUGUAUGGGAAAUAAUAUUCUCUUUUCAGAGAGCACUGUAUUUAGAGAAUACUGGUAGUACUUUAUCAUAUGUAAGCAACGGUUUAUGGUAAAAAAAUAAAUAAAAUAAAAAAUCUUUUUUUUUUUUUUUUAAAUUUUAUAAAUAUUUUUUUGCAGGUACCACCUAACUUGCUGAUUUUUAUAUGCAUCAAUGCCAAGACUGUCCACUUGUGCAUAUUUAAUUAGUCUACAUUAUGAAACCCGUAGAUUUAGAGUUUUUUAUUUUUACGUUUAUGCAUUUAUAACGAUGUGCUGUUUUAUAUUGCAUCCACUAGGUUUGCUGGGAUGGGUAAUCUUCUUAAAGUGCUUACCAGGGAAAUUGAAAACUAUCCACAUUUUUUCCUGGACUUUGAAAGUAAGUUUUUUUUUCUGAAGUGUGUUGUCGCAAAGAAAAGUCAAAUUUGGUGACCUUUUGUUUUUCUCCUGGGCUGGUCUGAUGAACUGGAAACGCACCACAGAUGGAACACCUAACCUUUGCACUGGAAACAUCCACACGCCUGCAUGUUUAUGAAUAUCUCACCCACUUAGCACCUCUUCUUUCUCUUCCUUUUUUCUAUUUUCCAGGAACCAAAUGGGAAAUCUUUUAAAAGUUCUUACAUGCACAGAGCUUGAUCAGGGGCCAAACUUUUUCCUUGACUUUGAAAGUGAGCAAACCUCUUGCUUGGCUUUUGGUUUCUUUUACUAACGCUCUAACUGCAUGUGUUCUGCAUGUUUUUUUAAGAUUUGCAAACAAUCUGUUUCUGUUAGAAUGUAUCAAAGUUGUUAGACUAAAAGGAGUACAAAUUGAUUUUGGAAGGUUUUAUCAUGGCACAGAUUUAAGUGCUGAUGGCAUAGAAAAGUAACUCAAACGUUCAUUCUAGCUAACUUUAUAAGGCAUUUGGUGAGCAUAUAAAAACCUAUUAAACUAAAAAGUUCUAAAAUUCCUAUUGAAAUAAAUUAAAUGUCAGACUUCCUUCAAUGUUCCUGUUAAUUGCCUCAUUUUUAUUUAUUAAAUGGACACUAUAUGCAUCAGAAAAUUUAGGUUUUAUGAAACAGUUUUGAUGUAUAGCUCAUGCCCCUGCAGUUUCACUGCUCAGCUCUGUUAUUUAGAAGUUGUCACUUCUGUUUCUAUUUAUUCAGUCCUAGCCACACCUCCCAUCCAUUGCGACUGACAUAGCCUGAAUGACAAAAUAUGGUUUAAUUUUCAUUCAGAUGUUAACUUGCUUUAAAGUGCAAUUUACAAAGCAGGAGACGAAAAUGUCUAAUCACACAUAGGAAGCUCCUGCAGGGUCUAGAAGGCUCUAGAGCAGGAGAUUAGAAAUUCUAAAUCAAACAGAAUGUGCCAUAAAAGAGAUUUAAACAUUAGAUCACUUUACAGGAAUGUAUAGGAAGGCUGUGUAGGUCACAUGCUGGGAGGUGUGAUUAGACCUCUAUAAACCAAGUGAUUUAACUCCUGAAUGGCAGAAAAGCUAUUUUGGUUCCUAUAGAGCCCCUUUAAUGCACAACUGUAAACAUACAUUUAUUAAAUGAAUGCAAGCUGUACUUUGUGCCGGGCGCUAAAACCCUAGGUGAGCUCUAGUCAUUCUGUUAUUGUAGCCUUGGUAAAGGUUUUUUUUUUUUUGUUUGUUUGUUUUUUUCCAAGCACAGGGUAAAGGGAUUCUCCAGUGCCAGGAAAACAAAACUCGUGUUCCUGGCACAAUAGAAUACUGGAGUGCCUCCCGCCCCCCAUCCGACCUUGCUGAAUGGGUUAAAAGCCCUUCAGUCACUUGCCUGAAUCCAGCGCCGAUGUCCCUCGGUGCUGGAUCAGGCUCUGCCCUCGCUCCUCCCCGCCACCAUGUGUCGGCGGGGGAGGCCUAAUGCGCAUUCAAUGCUUUCCUAUAGGGAUUCCGGCGACACUGGAGGUCCUUGUGCAUAGCGUGAGGAAGUCCAGUGUCGUUUAGAUGACCAAAAGUUGUCUAAGAAGCCGUAAGUCCCUCUAGUGGCCCUCUGGUAGACCACCACUAGAGGACGACUUAAAGGACCACUCUAGGCACCCAGACCACUUCAGCUUAAUGAAGUGGUCUGGGUGCCAGGUCCAGCUAGGGUUAACCCAUUUUUUAAUAAACAUAGCAGUUUCAGAGAAACUGCUAUGUUUAUCAAUGGGUUAAGCCUUCCCCCUAAUCCUCUAGUGACUGUCUCAUUAUGAAUGCUUUCCUAUGUGACCGGCUGAAUGUGCGCGCAGCUAGCCGACGGGGCAGAUUGGAGGAGGAGAGCUCCCCGCCCAGCGCUGGAAAAAGGUAAGUUUAAACCCCUUUCCCCCUUCCAGAGCCGGGCGGGAGGGGGUCUCUGAGGGUGGGGGCACCCUCAGGGCACUAUAGUGCCAGGAAAACGAGUAUGUUUUCCUGGCACUAUAGUGGUCCUUUAACCCUGCAAGGUAAAUAUUGCAGUUUAUAAAAACUGCAAUAAUUACCUUGCAGGGUUAAGAGUGAUGGGAGUUGGCACCCAGACCACUUCAAUGAGCUGAAGUGGUCUGGGUGCCUUUAAUGUUCCGCAAACUGGAAAUGCGUUUUUGGUGACUAUCAAAGAUUUCAAAUACCAAUUGGGUUUAAUAAAAAAAAAAUCUCCACCUCUCUGGCUCACUCAGCCCAAUUUAAGAUUGCUGCAGAUCUUAAAUUCUACAUGCAUGGCUUUUGCAUGUUCUUGUUUUGCAUGUUUCAAAAUCUGUGAAUUUUGUUUGUUAAUGUGUUAAUGCAGACAUGUUUCGGUUAUAUAUUUUUUAUAUAUGUUUUUACAUUGAUUUCAAAUUUAAUUUAAUUUGCCCUUUGUUUUCAGGCUUUUGAAUAUUCCAAGUCUAUGGAUUGUGUGUUUGAUUUGAAAUGCUUGUUGCAUGGUCUUGCCACUAAUAUGCAUGUGUCAUGGUAAAAUCUGUUCGAUCAUCGAUGUAACACACGUUGCACAAUAUUUGUGUUUUUCUUUACUGAUCCUCAAUGUACGCAGUAUCUGUUUAUAUUUCAUGCAUUGUAAAAGGGACCAUUUCUUCUUAUAAAAUUAUGUGAAACAGGAAAUGUACAUUAGGGAGGGAAACACAGUGGUGUGACAUCUAAUCGUAGGGUAUUAUUGCUGUGCUGAAAGCAUCAGGUUAUAGAUUUUGCAGUCAGUCAGUGGCUCUGUCCAACACUGAUCAGACUUAAUGAGUGGAUCUGUUCUUGGGGGAUUAACUAGUUAUGCCUUAAUCCCCAGUUCUGAUCACUGGAACUGCUAUAUAUUCCAUAAAAACUUGCUGAGCAGGAGUUUACGGGGUAAGAAUAAGACCAUCCUCAUUACAGCUUUUUCUUCCCAGUGAGGAGAGAUCAGUCUGUAGAUGCAGGCAGCUACUGUAAAUUAUGAAGCUAUAAGAUUUCUGAUGGUGAGAGUUUUUUUUUUGUUUUUGUCUUUUUUUUUUUUUUGGUCUAUUUUCUUAUGCACGAUCUAUGUAAUGUAGUGUGUAUAGUUUAUUUUUUUAAUUACCCCAUCAUUUAAAUUUAUGUCAAAUAUAAAUAUAUAUAUUACACACACAUUAACUACAACAGGCGUUCCCGGACUCUCUCAUCAUAACCUGUCAAACCGCUUUACCAUGGUUUGGCACUGGCCUGGAUUCGCUGAGCAACAUUGCUGCUUCCAGUCUUCUAGAGCUGUAGAAGGUAGUUGUUGAUUUGAGCAGGAUAGAAGCUGAUUCGACAGUUCAACAAAGUAGACAGGCACUCACCCAAAGGAAACUCCAAAAUAGAAAUGCAUUUCUGCCAAACUGGAUUUAUAUGUUGAUAUGUUUUAUUCAGUCACCUUGGGUAACAGGCAAUAUUUUGCCCCUCCUAGUAAAACCAAGAACUAUUUGUCUGAAUGGGUGCCUGGCUAACGCUCACUCAUACAGCAAGCACAGAGAUGAAGGAAUGCAGAGGUGCUGAACACACAACCCAAACUUUGGGGUAAAAGUUAAGGCAAAAUUUCACAUGCGGUAUUGGUAAUUUUGCUAUGGAACAUAUUAUUACAAAUUGUAGGAUGGCACUGUAAACCGUUGAGUUAAAGUUAUAAGAGAAAAGAGGACUGUGUUUGAGAUACAAGUAUUUCAAAGGAACUGGUCUUUUUAAAACUUAAACAGAGAAUGGAUAGUGUAAUGGAUCACCUGGCACCCUAACUGGGUACCUCUGUUGAUGGAUGCUCCUUGUGCUUCCCGAGGGCUCCAAGCACUCCACUUGACACCAUAAGCACUGCAGACCCUACAAACUGCUGCAGCUUGGUCUCGCCGUCUCCUACCCACCCUGGGCCUACGACAAGGCUCCAGGUUCCAGUGGGUGAACCUCUUUCCCCAGAAAGUUAAGCAGGAACAGGAACAAGCUCUUACAAGACCUUAGUGAUUAUUCAAGGGAGUGUGAAGAGCAUAGCAAUCCCUUGUAGCAGAUUCCCCCAAUAAGAGACAGGACUCUAGAUUGAGGGUGAAGUAGAACUGCAGGUUUAAUGGUACAGCUGCUUCUUUUAUACAGUUUUUCCCCCACAAGGUUACCGCCCAGGUGGACCUUGUGGGACACAGGACAUGAAAUUCACAAUCCAAUAAAAACAGAAUUUUACACUUGAACACUCCCAGUUACUGUACACAAACCCUCCCCUUUGCCUGUAAUACAAUUAACAAAGACAAUGGACUAACUCAAUUACCCACAGGUAGAAAACACACACAUUUUUAUCCAAAGAACAGAAACACCCCAACACACUAACAUAUCCCUGGAAAGCUCUGAUCUGGGUGAACAACAUAUCCAAAAAUCACCCAGAUCAGAGCAGGGGUUCAGGAAAUUCCUGGAAGUCUCUUUUGACCGACCGCACGCACAUUUUCAUGCCCAAAACAGUUCCAGAGAAUUAGGCUGUGCGGCCGGUCUAUUUCCAAUACUAAGUUCAGUUGGAAUGCACGAAAGGGGGUUGUUAGUGCAAAUAGCCAAUGUUAAAGUGGCCUUUGAAUUGUUGAACGCUGUUCGACUCCCAUCGAAGUUCUGGAGAAGGUAAAGUUCAGUGGUGUUCGUGCCGUUGCGUGUCCGAUUUGAGUCCCGUGAACUCGAUGACAAAAUACUGCUGAAUACGUUCGACUAAACAAGAUGGUCUCCGCCACUAGUUCGACUAUACGAACGGCGACCAACCAACCGUUCGUCAAUUUGGCUGCAGUUAACUCCAAGCCUGGGAGGUAAAUUGGCUGCACACUCCACUGGUGUGUGUUCUGGCUGUUCGGUAGUUCGAAGUUCCACUUCGACCACUUCAAAAAUUUUAAAGGGGCAUUGUGCCAAGUCCCAAUAUGCACAAAUAGUAGUUUUAAUCACCGUAAAUUAAAGGGACCACAGUCACAGGGCAGGAGGCUGGCAAGCAGUCCCCUCCAAAAACUUAUGGCAAACUCCCUUAAAAAGGAGUUUGUCACAGAUGGCUUACAAGAGAAUGACUUGAGUCAAUCAAGGAACAAUUUCAUAAAUACCCACAUUCAGAGUGUUAAAAGCACUAUAGAAUUUUUUUUAAAGAAUCUGUGAAGACAAUUGUGUAAAGUCUAUCGGUAGUUUAUUGGAUGCAUUUGGUUAAGGCUGUUUCAGUAGAAUGUAAGGAUUACUAGAUUCUAAAGCAGGAGAUUUGUUACAUGAAUUAUACUGGCUGUGACUGUAUAUAAUCAUGUUUUCGUGAAAGAAGAUAUGUAUUGUUCAGCAGCCUUGCUUUAUCAGACCUUUUGGUAUUUUCUCGACUCCUAUAAUGUAUGUAUGCAAGUUCCUCUAUAAUCAAAUGUACUCUCUCUGAAUGGGCCUUCUUGGUUACUUUAAUUUCUUGGCCUUAGUACACAGGGGUGUUUUGACUAUAUUAGAAAAGCCAUACUUGUCAAAAAUGCUUGCAUUGUUUCAAGCCUAGCAAAGACUGCCAAGACAUUUAAGUGUAGGCGAAUAGAGGGUCCUUUUAGGACCGCUCCAUUGCCAGUAUCAGUUGCCCUCAUGUUCCUUUUAAUUUGUGUUUUUUUUUUUUUUUAUAUAUAUAUAUAUAUAUUUUUUUUUGAGUGGUCCUGAUUUAAACCUCCGUAAACAUAUAGAAAUGCAGAGAAAUAGUAUGGCUUUAAUAAAUCAUGUCAGAUUGCGUUCUCUGUUCCAAUCAAUGCAUACAUGCGCAAGUUAAACUAGCGGUAUUUGUUGUUGUUGUUUUAUUGCCAAGAGUAUAUGAUUUCUGAAUAAUAUUUGUACAGGCAGUACAGACCUGGAUUCCCCUUCUAACAUUAUUUAAUGAUCAUAUUGGCAUAGAUGUGCUGUCGAAAGGUGCAUUUUUCUUGUUGUUUUUUUAACACUUACAAACCACCACUAUAGUCUUUCUUUAUAAUAAGGGCCUUAAAGGAACAGUAAUGAGAUAAUGUUCCAGAUUUACGUGGUUAUUCAACUUACAAUUGUCAGGAAAUUCAAGUGAUUGUUUGUAUUCUAUGUAUUCAAAUUAGCUACUUUAGACCCCGAUUUGACAGUUGCUUUAAAUUCCUGGCAAUUUACAUUGCACUCAAACUUGCUCUGAAUACAUAUCCGUAUUCCACUUUCAGUGCUAAAUGGUACAGAACCUUGCUAGUAAAGGCUAUCGUUUCCCAUCAUUAAAGAGGGUGAAACAAAGAAACAUUUAAUAAAGUGGUAUCCAAGAGGUAUGCCAGACCUCCACAGCAUCUUUAUGUCCCUUACUGGCCUUUAACAUUUCUUGUGCAGCAGUGAUUAUGGCAUAAGAAAUCAUUGGUCGCUUGUUGUAGUGAUUUGGAGCAAGAAACCUUAUUGUAUGAAGGAAGCCUUCCUUGCUUAUGUGUACAGUCUGCAAAAUAGUGUAACACGAACACAGAUACCAAAGCCACCGUCCAUAUAAUACAUUCAUUCAAUUUACUUUUAUUUUUCGUAAUGCUAUCUGUGUUUAUGAUCCAUAAUAUUGAUGGAUCUUUUAUGUGAAAAUAAGAAUGUUAAGGUCAUAGGUUAUGAUCUUAAUAUACCAUUGACCAACCAUCAUAUAAACAUAAACAUGUUUUGGCAUAAACAUGUUUUAAAACCAUAUCUUUGCUGGCCGAAAUGAGGUUGGGAAUCUGACAAGUGACAGUGGUUUGUCUAAUAUUCUAUGAGGGAGCCCAAUUUAAAAAAAAAAAAAAAAAAAUGAAUUCUUAUUUGUACUAGCUGUAUAGUAAUUAUCUCUCACAUUACAAAUAAUUAAACAAUUUCUCUUAAAGCUAAUUGACUUCUCUUUUUCUAGAUGCUCAACCUACUGAAGGAGAAAGGGAGGUGUGGAACCAGGUCAAUGCAGUUUUGCAGGAGUCCGAAAGUAUUCUUUACGAUCUCCAGGCUUACAAAGGCGCUGGACAAGAAAUAAGAGAUGUAUGCCUUACGUAACCAGUCAAAAUGAAAAUCUAAAUAUCACAGUGUGAAAGUCUUCAUAUCAAAUCAAUGUUUAUGUACAAACCUAGUUAUACGUGUAAUGGUGAUAGCAGUGAAACGCCCUCUACUUUUAAAACGUAUAAAGCACAUUGUAGCACAUUCAAUACAGAAAAAAUGGUAUUUUUUGCGUGUGUGUGCCAUUUCAUUAUUAUGAAAUAAUAAAAGCGCCUACAAAUUAUGCAACGCUGCUCAUUCGGUCAAAAUCACUGAGCAAUUGUAGCGCCCCUUGUGUUCUUUCCCCACCCCCUCCCCUGUCCCAGUGUUCCCCCCUCCCCUGUCCCAGUGUUUCCCCCUCCCCUGUCCCAGUGUUUCCCCUCCUCCCCUGUCCCGGUGUCCCAGUGCCUCCCCUGUCCCUGUUUCCCUCCCCUCCCGGUGUUUCUCCCCCUGUCCCGUGUUUCCUCCCUCCCUGUCCCGUCCCGUGCCUCCCCUGUCCCGUGUUUCCCUCCCCCCUGCCUCCCUCCCUUCCCAGUGUUUCCCCUUCCCCUUUCCCAGUGUUUCUCCUUCCCUUCCUUUUCCUGGUGUUUCUCCCCCUUUUCUCCCGUAGUUUUCCCCUUCCCGGUAAGCCUUCCUUCCCAGUGUUUCCUUCCCCUUUCCCAGUGUUUCCCCUCUUUCCCUUCCCUUUCCCAGUGUUUCUCUUCCCCUUUCCCAGUGUUCCCUUCCCUUUCCCCCAGUGUUUCUCUCCCUUUCCCCCUUCCCCCCUUUCCCAGUGUUUCCUUCCCUGUCCCAGUGUUUCCCUUCCCUCCCUGUGUUUCCUUCCCUGUCCCAGUAAGCUUCCUUCCCUGUCCCAGUGUUUCCCCGCCCCAGUGUUUCCUCUCAUCCCAGUGUUUCCCCGGCCCCAGUGCUUUCCCCUGCCCCAGUGUUUCCCCCCCGCCCCAGUGUUUCCCCCGGCCCCAGUGUUUCCCCCGGCCCCAGUGUUUCCCCGCCCCAGUGCUUCCCCGCCCCAGUGCUUCCGCCCCGUGCUUCCGUCCCAGUGUUUCCCCGCCCCCAGUGUUUCCCCGCCCCAGUGUUUCCCCGGCCCCAGUGUUUCCCCGUCCCCAGUGCUUCCCCCUCGGCCCCAGUGUUCCCCCGCCCCAGUGUUAUCCCCCCCAAUCCCCUGUCCCAUGGUGUUAUCCCCCCAUCCCCUGUCCCAUGGUGUUAUCCCCUGUCCCAUGGUGAUAUCCCCCCCAUCCCCUGUCCCAUGGUGAUAUCCCCCCAUCCUGUCCCAUGGUGGUGAUAUCCCCCCAUCCCCUGUCCAUGGUGUGUUAUCCCCCAUCCCCUGUCCCAUGGUGUUAUCCCUCCCAUCCCCUGUCCCAUGGUGUUAUUGUAUUUUCUAAAGUCGCUCCUUCGUGUAAAAUGUUCUGAAAACCUCUGGGUUAAAACGAGACAUGGUUGAUGUAUGCUUGUUUUAUUACUCCAGAAUAUGUAGCUUAAUUAUUUAAAUUGAAAUAAUCAUGUAUAAUACCUGUGUGUACUUUGCAGGCUAUACAGAAUCCAAAUGGAAUGCAACUCCAGGAAAAGGCAUGGAAUUCAGUAUGCCCGCUAGUAGUGAGACUGAAAAGAUUUUAUGAAUUUUCCUUAAGACUUGGUAAGUUAUUGGACACGCUACCUCUCCCCUUCACACGCACACACUAUAGCACGUAUAUAAGAAAUUACUCACAGGAGUGCACAGAAAAACCUAGCAAAGCAUCAACAUAAUACAUUCAAAGUAGCAAAGCUACAAUCAUUGUCAGGCAGAUUUUGCCAGUAGUUUUUCAGAAACUGCCAUGUUUAUAUUUCAGGGUUAAGUCUGCCUCCAGUGGAUGUCAUACUAAAAGACACUUUGGGCACUUCUGCUGAAUUGACCAAUUAAAAAGGUUACAUGACAUGGAGGCACUCAUUGGAAAGCAUUGAAUCAAUGCUUGCCUAUCGGGAAGCUUAAAUAUUAAUGUGGCUCUCGCAGAGCUUGUAAAUUAGGGCCCCAGUGCUCCUCAAUCAGAAGCAUUGGGUUGGACCACCCUGGAAAAGUUGUGACUUCACGGACCGCAGACGGAAUCUACAGAAAAAUAUGUACAAAUUGUGUAAACAAAAACAAAUUCUUCCUGAAAAGAGUGUAAAUGCCAUAAAUCAUCAAUACAAUUGCUUUCAUUAAUUGCUGCUUAGCAGUAUGUGUCGGCUAAGAAAGAGGUCAUUUUAGGUUUUUAUGCAAGGUUUAAGAGCAUUACCAGGCGACCAACAGGAGUUUCAAAGAAGCAAAGUAAUUGGUUCCUGAAUUCCAGUUAGUCACAAUUGCAAUUGAUCAUGGUAAACCUAAUAGAGAAGACACUGAGUUGUUUAAACAAAGAUAUGUUAUAAGAUCGUAGAUGAUAGAACACAAUGUUUAUUAUUUUAUGGUUUUGAACAUACUCAAAUAUGACAGCCCGUGGACAAAAGUGCAUUAACGCCAGCAUUAGGCUUAGGGUCGAACUAAUCAAAUUCCUUUUAUUGUACGCCCGAAUAAAUCAAUCCAUCCUGGAUUUACCUUGUGGAAUCUUAUUCGUUGAAGACAACUCCACAGGUAAAUCCAAGACACAUCGAUUUGUUCUGUUGUAGAGUAAAAAUAAUUGAAUUUGUUCAGUACUAAUCAGUAUUAGCAAGAUGUCAGCAAUAGAGGCAGACACACGUAGUUAACAAGGAAUUAAACCAGCAUAUACGUGUGGCAUAUAUACCUUAUGUGAUGUUAAAGCCACAGCACCGUAUAUAAAAAUGGCGCACCCGUCCAUCCAGUUGAACUUAAAGGAACGCUAUAGUCACCUAAAUUACUUUAGCUAAAUAAAGCAGUUUUAGUGUAUAGAUCAUUCCCCUGCAAUUUCACUGCUCUAUUCAUUGUCAUUUAGGAGUUAAAUCACUUUUUUGCUGUUUAUGCAGCCCUAGCCACACCUCCCCUGGCUAUGAUUGACAGAGCCUGCAUGAAAAAGAAAAAAUUGGUUUCACUUUCAAACAGAUGUAAUUUACCUUAAAUAAUUGUAUCUCAAUCUCUAAAUUGAACUUUAAUCACAUACAGGAGGCUCUUGCAGGGUCUAGCAAGCUAUUAACAUAGCCGUGGAUAAGAAAAUCUAAAUUAAACAGAACUUGCAAUAAAGAAAGCCUAAAUAGGGCUCUCUUUACAGGAAGUGUUUAUAGAAGGCUGUGCAAGUCACAUGCAGGGAGGUGUGACUAGGGUUCAUAAACAAAGGGAUUUAACUCCUAAAUGGCAGAGGAUUGAGCAGUAAGGCUGCAGGGGCAUGUUCUAUACACCAAAACUGCUCCAUUAAGCUAAAGUUGUUCAGGUGACUAUAGUGUCCCUGUAACUGUUAAUAUACAGCUGUAGCAUAAAACCAGUGCUAAGCCGAGAGCAAAAUACUGUAUUGCUCUGAUUGGUCUUUCCUUUAUUUAUUCAUUUUCUCCUGUUAUAUUUUUCAUUCUAGAGAAAGCUUUGCAGAGCUUACUGGAAUCUUUAACCUGCCCGCCAUAUACUCCUACACAACAUCUAGAGCGAGAACAGGCUCUUGCUAAAGAGUUUGCUGAAAUUCUGCAUUUUACUCUACGUUUUGAUGAACUGAAGGUAUUAAGAAACAUGUACCCGGGUAUUACAGAAUACAUGAUGCAAUUUGGAAUCGAAUUAUUCCAUCAUUUUAUUUGUGUUUGCAGAUGAGAAACCCAGCAAUUCAGAACGACUUUAGUUAUUACAGGCGGACAAUAAGUCGUAACAGAAUAAACAACAUGCAUGUGAGUAUGUGGCUCAAGUCUUCCCAGUUAUUACUUUUUCUUUUUCUUUUUUUUUAAAGCAAUGAGUUAGGUUUCAGAGAUUAAAGGCAUAGGAAAUAUUUGAAUAGACUAUAAAAAGCUCUCUGUAUAGUCGUGGUUACUGGGAAAAGGUCACCUUGUGUGUCAUAUAAUUGUAUAAUGAAUUGCCUGUUGAAAGUGAAAGGCCAAGAAGUUUGUGAAAUAAACCAAAUGAAGUCUUUCUGGAAAACUGGAGACAAUCUGAGCACAUUUCAUUUCCUGGGUUUCACCUUACACUUUCAAAGUCUGUAGGAAUUCAACCGUUGGUCUACUUUACUCCAUCUUUUACUUAACAUAACUGUCAGUGAUGUUUACGGUAUGUGUAGAGCGUAAAACAAAAAAGUAAAAAAACCUAUACAUUGUGAAAGUGCAGUUGCAAGCAACCAUGCAGAUGAACUUAAAAAUGUUAGUUUGGCAUUGAUAUUUUUCAGCAAAUGAAUAACGACAUUCUAAUUUACCUCUUUGCGUUCAUAUGGAUAAUGCAGUUAUGAGAAAAGUGUUUGAGGUCUAUGACUGCUUGGAAAUUCUCGUCUUUUUUACAUUAAGCUUUUUCCUAUUUUGCUGCUUCAGUAAUGUGCUAAUUACCCAGGAUCCCCACUGUCUGCACCAUGCUGAGUGGUCCGUUGCCAACAUAUUACUAUAAUUAGUAACUAAACUUCGAUUAUAUCACAAAAAGGUCUGAAAAUGACCGUUUUUUUUUGUUUUUUUUCAGUGCCUCAUGUCUUGUAGAUAAGUGCUUCAAAAAUCUUUUCAGAAAGCAUAGAAACCUGCCAAUUAUGCACUUGAAAAUAACUGAUUGCUAGCAAAAUCGGUACUCUCCAUACAAAGUAUUAAAUAGAACAGAGUAUGCGAGAGCAAAGUCACUCACAUAUUUUGUGCGAUAGAUGCUUGUAAAAUGUGAUGUCAGUGCAUGUUUUCCCGGCUGUUUCAACAGCCUUCAGCUGUUCAUUCCUUGUUUGAAAUUAAAAGCUGAAGGUUGCUUACUUGGUUUUUCUGCAUAAUUUGUUUGCAAAAAUUUAGAUUUUUUUUAUUUUAUUUUUUUUAAGGAAAUCUUUAAAAUGUAUGUAAGUUGCCUAAAUGGUUAGUGUUCGUUUGCCUAACCUUUCUUAUUUAGUAGUCUCCCAGUGAUAUCAGUAUAAACGUCUCGACUGUGUGAUCUGUGUUUAUAGGAUAAGAUCAAUACUGCUGUAGAAAGUUAGGUAUACACCAAGUUGUUGUUGAUUUUUAUUUAUAUCGAUUUAAGAAUCCAAUAUAUGCAAAAAUAAAUAAUGAAAAUAAUCCUAUUUAAAGUCCCAGCAUUCACUGCAUAUUCCCAGGCUAUACAGUACCUGCUGUGAGCACUCACCAAACCAGGAAAAGGUUCUGCUAACUGCGAAGUUCAUUUAAAAUAACUUUAUGUAAAUUUAAUCAUUUAGAACUUAAUUUUUAUUUUGUCUUGAUCAUGAACAAAUACUUGGCAAAAUAGCAUUUUGUUAACUAGAAGCACUAGGUAAAUGAACCCUCACCUUGCAAAAUAUAAGCUUCACUUCCUUACUAGUUUGAGUUUAAAAAACUCUUGCUUUCCUAUGGGGAUUUCAUGGACGUUUGUCCUCCUGCAGUGCCUCUAGUGGUUGUCUAAUUGAUAGCCACUAGAAGCAGUCUUAGUCCUGCAAUGUAAUUAUUGCAGUUCCUCAGAACCUGCAAUAAGUAACAUUACAGGGUUAAGGGGACAGGGUCACUGCACCCACACCACUUCAAUGAGCUGAAGUGGUCCCUUUAAUGCCAAACUCUUUCAACUUUUUGAAGAAAAAAAUAAAUAAAAGACAAAGCGUUUAACCCCUUAACAACGAGUGACGGACAAGGUCCAUCACUCAGGGGAUUGCCAUAACGACGAGUGAUGGACCUCGUCAGUCACCUGUUAAAAUUAACGCGAACGCGGGGUUAAUGGUUCUCCGGUCUGAUAGUGCUGCUCCAUGUCAGAGCGAGCACAUGUGCUUAGUAUACUUACCUUCCGCCUCCCUGCACUUCCUGGUUCUGUGUGAAGUGCAGGGAGCUCGAACAGUGCUGAUCCUGCCCCCUGUUAAAAAAUAAAAAUAAAGUUUAUUUAAAAUCCCACCCCCUUUUACUAAUUUUAAUUAAAAAUUAACCCCUUCCCUGCCAAUUGAUCACUGACUACAGUGAUCAAUUGGCAGGGAUUACAUUUUACUGUCAUCUGAUUUUUUUUUUUUAACCCCUCAGGGGUUAAAUUUAUUUAAUUUAAAUAUUUUUAAAUUAUAUAUUUAGCUAGCUGGGGUGGGUGGAAGUUAGUGGGGAAUUGGGGGAUUUUGUGUUAGGAUAACUAGGGGUUAACGUUAAAAGUUUUUAAAUAAACUUUACAAAGUUAAAAAUUAAGCUAAAAAAAAGUUGUAAUAACGUUAAAAUAAAAAAAACACCCCGCUUUACCCAGUCCAAAUAAAAAUUAACCCCUUCCCUGCCAGUCGAUCACUGCCUACAGUGAUCAAAAUACAGAUCACAGUAUUAUGCUGUGAUCUAAUCUUUUUUAACCCCUGAAGAAUUAACUUUUAUUUAUUUUUUAACCCUCAGGGGUUCAAUUUAAUUAAUUUAAAUAUUUUAUAAUUAUAUAUUUUGCUAGAUGGGGUGGGUGGGAGUUAUGGGAAAAUGGGGAAUUUACUGUUAGUGCUGCUUACUGCUAGUUAGCGGUUAUCGGUAAAAAAAAAACGUAGAAAAAUGUAAAAUCUGUAAAAAAAAAAAAAUAAAAAAAAAUAAUUUUUUAGAAAGUUUAGGAAAGUUUUAAAAAAUUAAUAAGCGAAACAAAAGUUAAAAAAAUUGUUUUUAAAAGUAAAAAAGUUUAAAAAAGUAAACAAAUACCAUAUAUACUCGUGUAUAAGUCGAUCUCCUGUAUAAGUCGAGGGCAGUUUUGUGACCAACAAUUGUGAAAUAUGCUAUGCCUCGUGGAUAAGUCGAGGGUAAAACUUGGGGCUAUGAAAUUCUGUGAUUUUAUACACACUCAUACAAACACACACUCAUAAACAAUCUGCAUUCUACACACACACACUCUGCAUUAUAUACGCACACACUCUGUGUGUAUAUAAUGUAGAGUGUGUGUGUGUGUGUUUGUAUGAGUGUGUGUUUGUGUGUAUGAGAACUGGGUGGAAGGAGGGCAUUUUUAUUAUUAAUUUUUUAUUUUAAUUUUUUUUAUUUUUUUUUAUUUGAAUAUUUAAGUUUUUUUUCUAUUUUAAUAUUUUAAGUUUUUUAUUUUAAUAGUUUUUAUUGUAUUUUUUUUUUUUGUAUUUAUUUUUAAUUUAAUUUAAUUUUCGUCCCCCCUCCCUGCUUGUUAGCUUGCCAGGGAGGGGGGCUCUCACUCCCUGGUGGUCCAGUGGAUGGGCUGUGUAGGAGGGGGGCUGACAGUGAGCAGUUACUUACCUUUCCUGUGGCUCCUGUCAGCUCCCUUCUCCUCCGUGCAGCUCUUCUGUCAGCUCCCACUGUAAGUCUCGCGAGAACCGCGGUGACCCUGCGGCUCUCGCAAGACUUUCAGUGGGAGCUGUCAGAAGAGCUGCACGGAGGAGAAGGCAGCUGACAGGAGCUGCAGGAAAGGUAAGUAACCGCUCACUGUCAGCCCCCAACAGGACCGCCGGGCUUGUAAUGAGCCCGGCGGUCCUUGUCUGUAUUAUGGCAAUGUAUGUUGCCAUAAUACAGACAUUAACUCGAGUAUAAGUCGAGUGGGGGUUUUUCAGCACAAAAAAUGUGCUGAAAAACUCGACUUAUACUCGAGUAUAUACGGUAAAUUUAAAAAUGCUCAUUACCACUACACCUGGAACAAACUAGAGAAAAAAUUAUCCCACGCUAAGGUUCAAAAAAUGCCUUUUGAAUUACCCCAGGGUGUAUUCUUUAAUAAAUAGCAUGUGUUUGUGGGGAAGUUUCAAUAACCAACCAUCUAAACUACUCCAAAUUGGAACAUGGACACCGCGUAAAACUUCAAAGUUAGAAAAAAACUAAAUGGCUGCGUCUCAAAUGUGCCCCUUUAACAUCCACAUAUACCUGGCACAGGUACAUAUGGGGGUAUUGCUGUACUCAGAUGACAUAGCUGAGCAACAUAUGAAGUAUUAUACAGUCGUAGCACACAUAAGGUUUGCAAAAUAUACUGUGCAAACUCACUUUGUGUGUCAAAAAGGCAGAAAAAAAAUGCUUAUUACCACUACACUUGGUACAAGCUAGCAGAAAAAUGAUCCCAUGCUAAGGUUCAAAAUAUGCCUUUUGAAAUACCCUGGGGUGUCUUCUUUAAGAAAUGGUAUGGCUUUAUGGGGUAUUUGGAUUAUAUAGCCUGGUAAAAUACUCUAUAAUGGGACAUGGGCACAGCGUAAAAAUGUAAAGUUUGAAAAAAACUGCAAUGGCUGUGUCCCAAAUGUGCCCCUCCUAUGUCCACAUAUACCUGGCAAAGGUACAUACUGGGGUAUUGCUGUACUCAGCCGACAUAGCUGAGCAACAUAUUAAGUAUUAUACACUGGUAGCACACAUAAUGUUUGCAAAAUAUACUGUGCAAACUCACUUUGUGUGUCAAAAAGGCAGAAAAAAACGCUUAUUACCACUACACUUGGUACAAGCUAGCGGAAAAAUGAUCCCACGCUAAGGUUCAAAAUAUACCUUUUGAAAUACCCUGGGGUGUCCACUUUAAGAAAUGGUAGGCCUUUGUGGGGUAGUUUGAAUUUAAACCCUGCUAAGAUGCUUGGAAAUUGCACAUAGGCCCAGCGUCAAAAUUCGAAGUUCGGUAAAGGCUUGGUAUCCUAUAUGGCACUGUAGCUUCACGAAAUAGUGCCAAAGACAUUCAUUGGCGGUGUCUUUUUACUCAGAAGACUUAGCCGAGCAUAAUUUGGGGGGUUUGAACUUAUUGGCAAAUGUGAAAUAUACAAAAUGCCCAGCAAAAAUGCAAUCCAUGUGUAAAAAAAAUGCACAAAAUUAUUUUUUAUCACAUACUUUAGCAUAUAUUGGUGAACAAAUGGGGGCAUGUUAAGGCACAAUAUGCACCUUAUGGGAUACCCUGGAGAGUCUACUUUUACAAAUGGUAGGCCUUUGUAGGUUUUUUUGAACAGUUAAACUGGUAUAAUACCCAAAAAAGGAGCAUAGGCUCAUUAAAUCCAUCUCUCAAAAUUCUACUGUGAAUACUGAAAAGGACAGGUCUCCUAUAUGGCACUGUACCUUCACGAAAUAGUGCCAAAGACGUACAAUGGGGGUGUCAUUUUACUCAGCAUAUGUAACUGAACACAAAAUAAAACUUUGUACAGGAAUAGCACACACCAACUUUAUAAAAUACACAUGAGAAUUUCUUUGUUAUAAGUUUGUGUGCCAAAAACCAAAAAAAACACAAUUUUACUCCAAUAUUUAGCAGAGGUUGGCGGUGAAAUGGCUACGUAGAAAGUGUCAAAACAACACUAGGUAAAUAGCCUGUGAUGUCUACUUUAUGUAAAUAUAUACUUUUGUGUGGCAAUUUUGUUUUCUUUUAUGGCUAUUAAGCUUAUAAGACAAACAUACCAAAUUCUAACAUUGCUCCACAUUAAAAGUUUAUUUUACUCCUUGUGCUUUGUGACCUGUAACUACCAAAAAAAACUUAAAAUCCCAGAUACAUUAUAUAUUCUGUAAAUCAGAACUAAAUUAAUUUAUUUUUAAUUACUUUCCUUAACGUGCACUAAUUAUGCACACAUUAUUGCAAAAACUGUGGAAAAAAAAAAAUAUAUAUUUUUUUUGAAUUUUUCUGUCUUUUUUUAUAAUAAAUAAGCAUUUAUAUAUAUGUCGUACAUCAAAUUAAAGCCCUUUUUUGUCCUUUAAAAAAACGGUAUAUAAUAUGUGUCGGUGCAAGAAAUUAGUAAAAUGCAAAUUGCAGUUGAACGCAAACAGCAAAAAAUGAAAAAAAAUGCUGUUGUCAUUAAGUGAAAGACAAGCUUCUGAAGCUCUGUCCUUAAAGGACCACUAUAUUCUAUCACAUUGGGAAUGUUCAACCCCCGCCGGCGCCUGGUACGCCACAUCUAUGUAAUGGCCCAAAACCCUCAUGAGCGGCUACAGAGCCACGUAAUAUUACACUUUUUACACAUAUAAGAACAACUAACGUGAGACACAGACUAGUAUGUCCUAUGUCUUCUGUUUUAUAUAUACACUUCUUAAAUCUUGCACCCACCUGAGAGGGUGCACCAAGAUUGUCUCAUAUAUAUUACUACUUAAUGUCAUGUUUAAUCCUUAUUCUUAUGCAUUGGAUGACUGUAUAUUACUAUUCAAACCAGUGGAGAUUUCUCCACAACAAAAAUAAAGAAUUAAAAAAAAAAAGGACCACUAUAGGCACCCAGACCACUUCAGCUUAAUGAAGUGGUCUGGGUGCCAGGUCCAGAUAGGAUUAACACUUUUUUUUUUUUUUUUUAUAAACAUAGCAGUUUCAGAGAAACUUAUAUGUUUACACUGAGGGUUAAUCCAGCCUCUAAAGCCUCUAGUGGCUGUCUCAUUGACAGCCGCUAGAGGCGCUUGCGUGCUUCUCACUGUGGAAAUCACAGUGAGAAGACACCAGCGUCCAUAGGAAAGCAUUAUGAAUGCUUUCCUAUGAGACUGGCUGAAUGCGCGUGCGGCUCCUGCUGUGCAUGCGCAUUCAGCCGAUGACGUCGCUAUGAAGGAGAGGAGGAGGAAAGCUCUCCGCCUGGCGCUGGAGAAAGGUAAGUGUUUAACCCCUUCCUCUCGCCAGAGCCCGGCGGGAGGAGGACCCUGAGGGUGGGGGCACCCUCAGGGCACUAUAGUGCCAGGAAAAAGAGUCCAUCUUGUCCUUCUGUGAGGAUUAUUCAUAUUGUGGCUAUGUGACCUUACCUUUUUAAAUUGCUUUUUUUUUUCUCCAAGGUUCACACUGUGUAGAAAACCCUGAUUUAAUUUUAUAUUCUAAAACCUAUAUAUUGCUUACUUGAAAAUGUAUUUGCUUGUGCUCCUUCCUAACACUAGAUUUCUUGUUUUUAAUAGUUAGAUAUUGAGAAUGAAGUAAACAAUGAAAUGGCCAAUCGAAUGUCCCUUUUUUACGCAGAAGCUACGCCAAUGUUAAAGACCCUUAGCAAUUCUACAACAAACUUUGUGUCUGAAGUGAGUUACUGAUAUCCUCUAUAGACAGAGUUCAUUUCAAUACUUUUUUUUAUUUUUUUUUUCUUCCUCAAAGAAACUGUAAUAAAAUAUAUAUUUUUGUGUUUUCAACCCCUGUAGAAUAAAACGUUACCCAUCGAAAAUACCACCGAUUGCUUGAGUACAAUGGCCAGUGUAUGUAAAGUAAUGCUGGAAACUCCGUAAGUUUAUUUUUGCAUGUACGUAUUUUGUUUGUUUGAGAUAUUAAAUUAUAAAAAAAAAAAAAAAAAGGAUCUGGCACUUGAGGAAGACUAUACAGUUAAAUUGCCCAAUGCAUCAUUUUCAGACCGUACAUCACGAACAACCGCUGCGUUCUGGAAUUGUGUGCAGAAAAAAAAGUAUACUGUUGAAUUUAUUUGAUCAUCCUCUUUAUUUCUUAUUUUUUUUAUGUAAUACAAGGUUUUUAGUUUUUCAUAAAUGGGGAAUACGACGAUUAGUCUUUGAUCCAGUGAUUGUUUUCCCUGCUGGAGUAGUCACAAUGCCAGUGUGAACCAACUUGGAUACCAAGUAAAGUCAACCUUUUAGUAUUUUUACAAAAAGCAUAUUUCAGAGUCUUGCCGUUACAUACAGACAAUGACUGUUAUCCCGUCUGGGAUGAAGUAUCCUGUGUUGAUUAUCCAGUUGAUAUCUAUAGUUAGACUGGAUGGAAAGCUUCAGCAGGCAGGAAUUCCAUGUGGCAGUUUUCUAAACAUUUAGGAGACAUUAUUUUUAGUGUAUAACGCUAGUGCCAUCUUUGAUCUAUUACAUAAAUUAUUAACCCUAGGUUUUCCCUCCCAUGUGAAAUGUUUCUUAAUGGGAUAGAUCAGAAAUGCAUUUUAUUCAGUGAGGGUGACAGAAGUGAUAUUUUAGAACAGCUGAAAUAUUAGAUUAUAUUUGUUUCACUGCAUCAGAACUGACCAGGAAUAUUAUGUAGAUUGUAUCUGUUUAACAUGUCAGGAGGUCCCCGGUUUGUAAGCUGUUUUAAAAUGAAUAAUUUGUAUUUUGUUUGGUUUUUAAUUGGCAGAGAAUACAGAAGUCGGUUUACAAGUGAAGACACUCUCAUGUUCUGUAUGAGAGUAAUGGUUGGUGUCAUCAUACUUUAUGACCAUGUGCAUCCAGUUGGUGCUUUCUGCAAGACAUCAAAGAUUGAUGUAAGAAGAAAAUUCAGUUGAUUUUGAAGUACAAGUGUCUGUUUACAGAAUACAAAGUUUGGAAUAUACGUAACGUGCCAAAAUAAAAAAAUUGAAAUGGACACUAUAGUCACCAAAAUACUUUUGCUUAAUAAAGCAAAUGUUGUGUAUAGAUCAUGCCUCUGAGGUUUUACUGCUCAAUUCACUGCCAUUUAAGAGUUAAAUCACUUUCUUUCUAUUCAUGCAGCCUUAGCUACACCUCCUCUGGCUGUGACUGACACAGCCUGCAUUUAAAAAAAUGGGUUUCAUUUUCAAUCGGAUGUAACUUACUUUAAAAGUUUUUAUCUCCUGCUCUGUAAUUUGUACUUGAAUUACAGGAUGGAGGAUCCUUCAGGGUCUUGCAAGUUAUUAACAGAACAGGAGGAAAGAACUUCUCAAUUAAACAGAAUUUUCGAUAAAGGAAGUGUAAAAGAAUCACUCUACAGGAAGUGUUUAGGAAGGCUGUGCAAGUCACAUGCAAGAAGGUGUGACUAGGGCUGUAUAAACAAAGUGAAUAAACUCGUAAAUGGCAGAUACUUGAGCAGUGAGACUGCAGGGGCAUGAUCUAUACACCAAAACUUUCAUUAAGCUAAAGUUGUUUUGAUGACUAGUGUGUCCCUUUAAUUUCCUCUCCCCGGUAAUAUUCAUUUAAAUAUUUAUAUUGGAUUGUGAUCCAUUUAAUGCAUUGCGUACUAGGAGGACAUAAAUAUAUUUAAAUCUUCCAUUAUCUAUAUAUCAUAAAUGGGACCAUGCACGGGAAAGUUAACGAAAGAGGCGUAUGAUGGGGGGGUAGUUAUUUUGUCUAUUACUGAGCCAAAUCAUGAAUGGCUCCAAGACCAAUAGAUCUUUCACUUGGAGACUUGUUUCGCCUAACCUAGCUCAUAUCAACAUUUAUUGAAUGGUUUUAAAUUUGAAGGUAAAUAUACUACAGUGCACAUGGAUAUAAUGUGGGGGGGAGGGGGACGUUGCUUGGUUUUCUGUGAUUUUAUUUUAAUUUUCCCCUUGAAUUUUUACUUGAAUUGUUUUAAAAAGAAAAGACACAUACUUUUUAUGUAAAUAUUCAGUUGUUUUGUAUUUGCCUUGUGUGUAGUAAAACUAUUUAUUCCUUUACCUGUUUUACAAACACUGCAUGUCACCUUAAAUAACAUUAUUAUUUCUUAUAGAUGAAGGGCUGCAUAAAGGUUUUGAAGGAGCAACCCCCUGAUAGUGUGGAAGGACUUCUAAAUGCGCUCAGGUACCGUACUGUCCAAAGGCAUAUUGCCCUGAAAUACUGUUAGCCCAUACGUACUGCAAAUCUGUGAUAUCAAAGUAACCUACUGAAAAAUGUUGCCCAUGACCAUAAACUGAAAAUUGAGUUUUAUUUUAAAAAUCUGAAGCACAUCUUCCUGUUUUGUAAGUUGUUUGGGAAUUUCAGCCUUAAAGUGGGCCUCAUUGGAACAUGGAGGUGUGUUUCUGUGUACAUGGCUAUGAAGAAGGAAAAAGCUCAAUAAAUUGAGGCCACAGAAAUAGAUUUUGAUGGAUUGUAUGUUUACGAGACCUCAUUAUAAAUUCUAAAUAAGGUUCUCUGAACAGGAGAAUUUUAUAUUAUAUUUACAUCUAUGGAAAUUGUUUUAAAAUGAUAGAACAGAUAUUGCAAACUAGAGGUGUUGUAAUCCUACGUGUUGAAAUGUAAUGAUGAAAUGAUUGAGGGGGGGGUGGAUGUAGGUCAAUAUUGUAAUGAGAGGAAUGGAGUAUUAGGUAUAGAGAGUGCAACAGCACUUAAAGGGACACUUCAGUUUUCCAAAAAGGGAGAAUUUUUCCAAGUAUAUGGUUUUUGGAAGAAAAAAACAUGGGCCUUCUCUCGUGCUUUGGCACUAACGCAAACAAGCAUGAAACUUGUAUAUUUGCAGCUGUGCAUUUCAUCAUUUUUGUUGCAGCUAAAUUUUUGUUGCUCCCCCUCCUGAUUCAGACAAUGUAAUUCUAAAUAUGGGUAAGCAUGUUACAUGGAAACAAUAUUGACAAUUGGCCACUCAUUGUUUGUUUAACCUUGCAGGUUUACCACAAAGCACCUGAACGAUGAGUCGACUUCGAAACAGAUCCGGGCUAUGCUUCAGUAAAAUCCUACAAGUGCAGAGGAUUCUUUUACUGACCUCAGAAGAUGUAUAUGUUUACAUAAUUUAAUACAGAUUUGAUGUUAAUACUUAUGUGUAUUUACAUAGCCAUUAUCUUCCUGUUACUGAAUAUAGACCCCUAUUCUUAUCUUUAAUCUGACUGAUCUAGCACAACUUGCAUUUACUGUCUGUCAUUAUAUUUGACUUGCAAAUUGAACACAUUGUUCCCCUUUUGAGUUUUUUUUGUUUUGUUUUUUUGUGGUCCUUUUUUUUUUUUACUUUUAACCAAAGUGCUUAAACCAUACUUUAAAAUAGUGUGAAUUGAUUGAUUGUAUCUGCUGUCGUGUUAUUUGUCAGUUUGUCAAACCAUGUUUAGGCACUUAUUCUUUAAAAUGUAUAAUUUUAUUGUUACAUUUCCAGUUUUCAGUCAGUGGCAUUAUAGCAGAGGUGUUAAACUUUGCUCCUCCCUGCUGUUGGACUGCAAUACCCAGGAUUCUCUUAUUUUUUUUUAUUUUUAUUUUUGAAUUAUGGGUGUUUUUGUGCUACAGCUGCCUGGCAAGGAGCAGUUGGGCACCCCCACAUUUAUAGUAUUAAGCAGCUUGCAGAAGACCAGAGUCCUAAAAUACACAUUCAUAAAACAAAUCUAGAAUCCAGAAGUUCUAGAGUUAAGCAUGCAGCUCCUAUCAUCACAGUACUGGCAUUUAUUUAUAUUCUAGUCUUGUAAUUAUUAUUUUAUUAGAUCCUGAUCCUCAAGGCCAAUUUCUUACCCUCCAUUUUUUUUUUUUUUUUUUUUUAAUAAAACAAAGGGAUUUUACCCAACUGACCACUAAACGGUCAGUGUGUGUUCUUGGGACUGUUGGUGGAUUUGUGGAUCAAUGCUGCUAAUCAAUUUUUUUUUUUUUUAUAUAUAUAUAUAAGAACGUCCUAUAUUUCAGAGGAUGCUUUAACCUUAUAUAAAGUAAAUUACAGAUCAGUUUAUCUAUUUAUUCUCCAUAUUGAAGUGUUUUUCUCUAUUGCUGCCCACUUUGCAUUACCAAAUAAAUCCAACGAUAGUUCUCCCAGGUAAUGCACAUUCAACAAAUGUGUGCAUAUACUGUAUAUAUUUUUAGAAUUUGGAUUUGCUGCUGCUGUGUCUAGAUGACCGUACUGCUGACAUGUUUGAAGUGUCUAUACCCUGCAUCAAGCAUUGCAUUCUAGAAACUAGCGCAUUGGCUCAAACCUGCUACUGUACUGCUGCAAAUAUUCAAAGAUUUUCUGAUCUUUUUAUUGUAAUUAAACUCUAGAGGCAUAUUGAAUGCAAAAUAGCAAACAAGACCUCCCAAUGUUGUCCUUGUCUAAAAAAAAAAAAAAAACUAUUUUAUUGAAGGAAAUUAGAUAUUUUGCUGUGAGAAGCCAUGCAACACAGCUGCUUUGACCAAAACAGAUUUUUUUUUUUUUUUUUCUGUCAAAGUUUCUUCAUAUAACAGUGUCCAUGAUUUUUUCAGCAUAUUUCUACAUGCUCUUUCAUACUCCUAUAGGAUCAUGUUUGGUUGUUUUUUUUUUUUUUAUUUUGUUUUUUUUUAUCAGUAGAAUGUAUACCAAAAACCUCAAGGUCUUUACUGUCCUGCCAACUGCCUGCAAAGCUUAGAUUUUUGUCAUCGUUCACACCCUUUUUCCUCCCUUCUUUCGCCUACCCCACCAAAAAAAAAUAGCUUUUUUUGUGAUGCCAGUUGGUUAAACAAGAGAUGACAAUGAAUUGUAUUACUACUGCAAUUAUUAAACUACUCCUCACAGCCGUAUAUAGCCAUGUUACGGUGUAUGUUUAACCACCCAAAAUGCAGAUUUAAAGCACACAUAAAUAAAAAUAUUUUAUGUAAGAAGUUUAUAAAAAGAUUAAAUGUAAAAUAAGAAUUUGUGAUAAAGCACAAAACCCUCUAACAUUUGGAUACUUGCUUUGCAAAGUAUUGCAAGCUUCUGAUCUGUAAGUGUUACACAUAUAAUUGGGGUAACAUGACUGAAUCUGACGAUUUUAUAAAGCUAAAAAUAAAGUAUAGCACAAUAUGCACAGCCUUUCCUCUCGCCCAGGAAAUGUAUAUUAAAUGUGAUGAUCAAAUUAUGAUCCAAAUUGUUUUAUACUGGAAUUAUUGCUGUAAUUGUGCAGAUCAAAUGUUUCUGCAAAUGUCUGUGCUCAUUUGGAACAUAAAACUGGAUCUUUGCUGACUAAUGCAAGAGCAAUCUUUUACUGGAGCAUUGCAUGAAAUUCCAUAAAUAAACUUAAGAGGGCAUUCUCUAACUCUCACAUACCACAGUGUUCAAUUAUUUUAUUUUUACCAAAUUCAAGAUGUGGGCAUAUAUUAAAACUGUCAAAAUGUAUUAAAGGGACUCUUAAAGCACAGAACAGUUUAUGCUUGUUGCGUAGGUUAUGGUUCAAGGAGAUCCUCCGUUCUUUUCUUCCUGCACUAGUGGCUUAGAACACCAGUACUUUGGAAAAACCAUUACAGUUGAAAAGCCGGACUCUCUUUCCUCUGUCAAUGGAAGAAUCUGCUCUCUUUAUGGUGUGCUCUCUCGGCAUGCAAAUGUGUCCCUACUUCAGCUUUAUGGCUCUCUGGCGCUUAAGCUGUGUCAAUUGGCAGCUCAGGUGAUGCUGUACUUAAUCCUAUUCAUAAAACUGUGAAUAGACUAAUAUCUGAUUGGGACUACUGCUGGUAGCUGAAAUCUAAACAUAAACUUCUGCUGGGCAGGGUUUUUUGGAAUCGUUGCAGGCCCCAUAGACCAGAAAGAGAGACCUGAUUGGCCCAGUUAUUUCCUUGUUUGGGAGGUUCUCUGGUUGCUGCUUGCCUGCAGUUCUCUUUCUGAUGUUGGCUGGGGGAAUUGACACUUCUAGACAGCGGUAGCUCUUCCCAGUGUCUAGAAGUGUCACGCAUAGGAAAUAUACUGAGACAAAGUCCCUCUUUUGUCUCCGUUUAACUUUUGACUUGGUUGGAAUUUCAGUGAAGUUCCAACACAGUUAAUAUGAAUAUUUCAUAAAUUGUUUGGGUUGAGGGUGACAGUGCCGCUUUAAAUUAGAAAAAAAAAUAUUUCACUUUGAAUUCUUUCUUUAGUGAAUAACCCUGGAUGUUUCAUAAGCAUUUUCUUCUAAAGAAGACAUGUUAUUUGCAUCCAUGUUGAUAGUAUCUCCAUAUUUAGUACUGAGUGUACUGGAUUGAAUGCCUCCUUGUAACAUUGUAUCCUCCGAAGGGGCAGACCGAGAGCAGGGCCAUCCGGAACGCAUAUGAUGAUGAUAUUGCAAAUUACAGAGAAAGUAAUUUACAAUCUAGCGUUCAAAAACAAAUAAUUAAGAAUUUCCUGAUUGAGAAUGACUGACUGCACUGGAUCUGCUAGUUCCAGGUGCAUUAUAUGGCGGCUUUUCAUCCAAUUCACUGCAGUAUCUCAGAUGGACAUGCUGCCCAUGCUUCCAGUAAAGUAUGGCGCCUUUUCAGGAUUUUAAAACAUCUAGAUACAUUUGUAUUUGUGAUACAAAGGUGCAGUUACGAUUUGACUGCAGCAGAUAGUGCACUGUGACUUAUUUGUCAUUUUUUUUGAAAAUUGCAGUAUAUUAUCAUGGUGUUACGGUUUCCUACCCUCACUCGUGCAUCUUAAUGUCUCUGUUGGAUGUGAGUAGGUGAUUGAGCAAUGCACUAUUAGUGCGGCAAACAGCAAGGCUAGAUGUACAAAUGUCGCUUGUAGUUUACAUUGAAUGUCCCAAAUAGAUUGUGGCUCAAUCACCUCCCUCUGUAACAUGACCUGGUGUGACAUGCUCACUACCUGGAUCCCAACAAUGACUAUGCAGGUUUGUGGUAUAUUAUUGUGAUCUUUUAGGUUACUAUUCUGAUCAGACUUGUCCAAUAUAAAUAGAAGUGACUACUGCUUUAAAUGUUAACAUACAGCAUUAACAAAGGGUGUGAAUCCACUUUAUUACAUAAUAAACAAUAUAUUUUACUUCUUUCUAAAAUAUAAAAAAAAUAAAAAAUGUAAAUGCCAUUUUUCCCAAAUUAAGUCAGAAAUACAAAGAUUAAAAAGAAAUCAAAUAAUUUUUUCACAGUUUGAUAAUAUUCACUAGGGUUAUUGUAAUGGAUUUUCCUG